CCUUGCGCCAUCGCGCUUUCCCGAUUGGCCCCGCCUCCACCCUUUACUGAGGAAGACAAGAGUUGUGGGGCGGUUGGGCCGCCAUUUUGUUCCUCGGAACUAGGCAGGAGCGGCACGCAGGGGGCAAUUUGGUGGGCUGCCUGGUCGGCCGGCUAGCUUGCUAGGUGUGCGGGGGUUUGGGGAGGGGGAGGAGGAAAGAGGCGUGGGUCAAGUGCAUACAUUAAAUACCCGAGGCCGCUUCUUCCCACCCCCUUCGGGGGCCUGUUUCAGCCUGCCAUGUCUGGAGAAGCUCCCGCCGGCGACCAGGUGAGCGACCAGGGCCCUCCCGAGCUGAGCCAGUCUCACUUGGCGGGGGACUUGUUUCGAGGGCGGGGGGAAUAGGGUUGGGCCUGGUAGGACGACCGAGGCCUGGAAGAGGUGAAAAUGGCGAUUUUCAGGGUGGUUCGGGGUCGAGCCUGUGUAACGUGCGCGCCUUUGUGCUGCGGCCUCUUCUCAGUUUUCAGCCCCGCUCCCCCAGUUCGUAGAGCCUGUUGAGUUUCAGAAUUUAAUAUUUCCCCAUCUUCCAACUCGCCCCAGUUAUUUCUCCCCAUUCAACUCAGUAGCUGGCUGGAACCAUGACCGAAAAUGCUUGUUUAGAACCCAGCCCUUUCGAGGUCCCUGUGCCCGGUAAGGGUAUUUAAGAUUGAUAUUUAUCCUAGUAUUAAGGCCUUAAUUUAAAGCUGAUCCAGUGUGCACUUAGUCGGGAGCAAGCUCCGCUUUGUUCAGCGGCCCUUUCGAGAAUGUGUAUAGCGUUGAGGCCUUAAUGUAUUUUCCCUCGUGGACUUAAUUGCUCGGUCGCUGAGGGGGCGUCUUUCCAUUCAGAUUUCCAUGUGUGAGAUAAUAGGCGAAUGCUUACAACUUUAUAUUACUAGAACGCAGGAAAGCGUUAUUUAACGCACUGCGGUUUCAUGAAGAUGGGUUUAAAAGUUUGUACAGGUUUUGUUUUAGGAAUAAACUGUUGAGUUCUAUGUACCCGAUUUUGUGUAUUCAAAGUAAAGUGAGUGUGGAUGUGCUCAAAAGUUGAAUGAAAGUGCUUUAAAAUUUAUUUUUAAUAAAAGAGUUCAAUAUUACAGAAAUAUUAUAUUAUGGUGUGCUUUGUGAAAGAGAGGGUGUGGGGGGGUACCUUUAAGGUUAGAAUUGUAUCCAAUGUAGACGUAUACUGAAGGCACUAGCCAGAAUCCAAACAUCACAUGCACUGAAGUUGUGAGGCCAGUUUGUGUUUCUUAAAACAGAAGCUGCCUCCCAACUGUGUGGCAAAUUAGUGUUGAGGUUAGAAACAUAAUAUACGAUAUAAAACAUAUAGGACACAGCUUUUCAAGUGAAGGAGGUUCCACAAGCCCUUUAGCUUAUUUUUAUUUAUUAAUUUGCAGAUCACAAAACAAACAUAACUCUGCUUUUAAAGUUAGGAUUGCAGUUAAUAAUUCCUUCAAUACAUUUUAAAUAACAUAUGCCACUGGUUUCUGUGGAACCAAGUGGAUGCCAAGGAUUGCUUCCUGUUGGAUUUAUUUCUGGGUGCUGAGUAGAGUUUAAAUCUCAGGUGAUCAGAUAUAAAAGUUUUGUAUGUGCAUAUGGAUAGUCCUUCCUGAAUGCUUCCUUUUUUUGUCAGCUGGGGAAAAACUAAAUCUUCCUCCACCAACUAUUCUGCCUGUGAAAUUUUGCUUAUGUUCCUUCUUGUUAGUAGUGCUCUUUGGUUGGGUUUGGGUACAUCAAGGUAAUAUUGGACAUGGCAGGCUAAAUUUCACUAACCAGUCUAGUCUCCUAUAGGAGGAAGUAAAUUAUUUUGGCAGAGUGCAUGAAACCAGGAUGGUAGAUGGUACUAUAGUUUGCUUUGCUUCUGCGAAGGUGACAGAGUUUCUGGAGAGGCAUACCUGCUCUUAUAUAAUACAAACAUAAGAAGAUCCCUCCUUCUGUUACUUGAAAGUCCAUUGCAUUUCCCACAUAACAUACUGCCUCCAAACUGGAAGGAUCCCUGGUUUUCACUUACUGUUGCAACAAAUAAAAACAAAUCCAAGUAUCUUUGGAUGCAGUAGUCUGGAUGAAGGAUUGUUAGGGGGGGGGAUUAUCUUUUAAGCCCUCCGAACCUCAUUUUAUCAAACCUGCUGUCUCAGUAGUACAAGCUGAGAACUGAAGCUGGAGACAUGGCUUAGACUCCUGUAUAUCCACUGCUGCAGCCUGGAUAACAGAAGGAGCUAUGUUGGGAUGUCUUCCUGUUGUGCAGUUAUUUAUUCCAGCCACAGUUUUUUUUAUUCAUUUCACUAGCAUGGGAGGGGUAGGCCUCGUGAUUAAGCAGGGGCAGGAGUGAAGUUGAGUAUAACUUGAACAUUCUCAAAACCAUUCAAGGAAUAAAUGUGUGCAUACACCAAAUAUUGGAGCACACUGUUGCUUUUGCUUUAAGAGACAGAAGUUGCCAACAAAAGUGUUGGAAGACAAUUUCAAAUCUUGUUGAAGUUCUUUUCUGUAGAGCAGAGCUUUCCAAACUUUGCACAUUGGUGACACACUUUUUAAACAUGCAUCAUUUCGCGACACAGUAAUUCAAUUUUACUAGCAAACCAGAGGUUAAACUAAUCCCUUAUAAGAGUGUUCGCAUAACACACCUACACACUGCAGCCGACACACGUAAUUUUUCGUGACAGUUUGGAAAGCUCUGCUGUAAAAAUACAGACAACUGUUUAAAAUCCAUGGCCAUAGUAUCACAGGCUUGGGAAACUGAAGUGAAACGGUAGUUGCUAGCAAUACCUUUACAUGGAAAAGGAUUCCAAAUGUCUUGGUUGUAUUUCAGUUUAGGAAGAACAAAGUUAAGAAUAAUUAUAUGAAGAUGCAUGUCCUACUGAGUCCAGUGGAACUUCCUUGCUAAUAAAUGUGCAAAUGAUUUUAGUUUCUGCAGAAUUUAUAAUAAAAAUGAGAACUUAUCAGGCUAUCUGUCUCAGAACUUGCAUGAGUGUGGAAUCUACUUAAUAUAAACAUAAACACUACAGUUUUGUCUAAUCCAAAGCAAUGUUCACCGGCCAAAAACUGUUCGUGUAUGUUGGAUAGCAUGUUUGCUACAUAGGCCUUAGGCUCAUAAUCUCCAUGGUAGGUCUGCCAUAAAUCAGUGCAAUAAGGCAAACAUGCACUGGUGUUCCAGCAUUGGUAUUCUUAGCACUAUAUGUGGUUUCACAUAUCACUCUGGGUUGAACGGUCCAUUGAAAUGAAAGUUCUCUAUCUAGGCUAGAAUUUGAACAGGUGUCCUUCCCCACCAUCUAUGGGCUCACAUCAAGGGGCAUGGCUCCUGACUUCAGACUCAAUUCAGCCAGAGUGUAUCACUCAUGGGAAUGCAUGGGAGUUUGGGAUGCAUUCUAGAGUACAGUUCAUGUAAGGCAGUGGCAAUAGCCCACAGACCUCAAUGUUAAUUGAGUUUGCAUCUUUGACUAUUGCCUGAAUCCUCUGCAAUGUGCAUAGGUUCCUUGACAGACAAUAAAUGAGGAAAGACUUAGGUGAAGAUUGCCACUCUGUAACCGAGUGGUUUUCAAACUUUUUAAUAUGGUCCCACAGGCAAAUGGAAGGAGUAUUAGUAUACAUCACACUUUAUCAGUGCUCUGCUCUCCUCCUCCCUCCUUAUGACCAGUUCAACAGUACAAUAUCAGAGGAAAGAAGGAAGGCGGUAAAUGGCUCAUUCACUGGUUUUCACUGCCAUCAAAUAAAUGUUAUUAAUUGAUCUUACAGCAAAGCACAGUCAUUUUUUACCUCAUUCAUUCCCACAUAAAUUUUAAGAAUGGUAACACUCAAUAUAAUUUUUGUCACCUGGCUGGGUUUAACAUUUUGCAUUUUCAUCAGCUGUAAUACAUUUAUGACUUGUUUAAAACUCAAUUCUUGAGCCUGUGUUUGAAUACUAUCCGUUCUCUCAACCCAGCAGCAACAGUUAACCAGUCAAGGAAGGUUUCAUAAUGUGCUUAGUUAAGGUAGAUUAAUGUAAGAACAUGCUAUGUGUACCAUUUCCUUAUUGUGUUGUUCCAGACAGCUAAUUUCAUUAGUCCCAGUAUGUGCUGCUCCCAUUUCUAAGGAAAUGGAGAAUUGCAUAAAAUAUCUGAAGCUCAGAAAUUACACAAGAAGUUUUAUGACUGCAUCUUUUUGUUAAUUGUAUAACUGUCCCUUCUCUACUAUAUAUUGAAUCAGUUGGUUCAUUGAAGCUUCAUAUUUCAAACACACCCACUUCUACUUCUCACAUAUUCCCCAGUUUGGAAAAUGUCUGUGCGUGCAUCAUUGGUUGCUUAACCUUGUUCUAUUUUACUACAGUGUUCAUUAACCAGGACAGUAGACAGAGAGCUGUCUUUCUUGACUGAGAAGAAAGACCAAUAGUGAAUGUCCAAGUAGUUUUGCUGUCCUGUAGAAUGAAUACAAAGGCAGUCCUCCAGCCACACAUGUAUUGCAAUGGGAGGCAGCAAUGUGCAGCUGAGAUUGAGAACUCAUAUCUGUUGAUCGUUUUCUUAGGCUUGGAAGGGCAGAUAGAGAUUUGUUCUUUCAUAAUAAGUACUGCACCUCUUUCAUUGAGAUUCUUUUGCUUCAUGCUAUUCACACUUAAAUUAUCAUAGGGUUGAUUGAUUUAAAUUGUAAAAAAGACCAAUUUAAAUCAUAGAUGUAAAUUGUUUCUCAUUUUUGGUAUUAAUAUAUUUCCUGUGCAAUCAUGCAUGUUUACUGAAUGCUGUAACCAUUAAAAUGCAUUGAUUUGUUCUUAGCUUUCUAGGUGCCAGUUAAAGAUGGUAGUUCCUAGGGAAAGGUGAUAGAAAGUAAAUGUUCAUGUUCGAUAAAGAAUAAAUAUUCAUAACUAAAGAACUGAAAAAAAUGCAAACUGAAAUAGUGGGAGGCAUAAUAGAGAUACAAUAGCAUGUAGUGGAUGAUUAAGUUGGGAUUCAUUAUGACAACUCUUGAAUUCUAGUACACAUAAUAACUUGCUAUACUAGGAAAUCCACAGUUAUAAAUAUACAGUACUUUUAAUAUAAUACAACACUAUUACUCUGUUAUUAUUAUAAUCUGUCCUCAGUGGACCCCUCCCAGUGCUUUAUCUUUUAUUCAUUUUUAAGGACCUUGAAUUUUGUUUUUGAUAGUUGGUCAUGAUUCAGUUUUCAGAGUAAGUGUAGACAUAUGGGUGUUCAAUGAAAUUUCUUUUUAGGCAGGUUAUUAUUUUUUUAAGCCGCAUGUUACAAAUAACGUUUAAUUAGAAUUAUUUUAACCACCCUGCACUGUUCAGCUGCACAUAUCACAUGCCUCUCCCCAUGAAGUUUGUCAUGCCUGCCAUCUUUUUUUCUUUCUUACUACAAAUCUGAAAAUGAAAUGCAGGUUCCCUAGUCAGAGAGUGCUGUAAUAAGGAUUGCAUGUUAGAUCAUGCAUUUUCAUUUGUAGCCCAUAGGCAUGUGAAUAUAGGAGAGGCCCUGCUUGUAGUCCCACCCUUGACAUUACUACCACUUUCUAUAACAGCUGUAUGGUGUCUGUUUGUAGAGGAAUUUCAGUAUGAAAGUACCUGAUUUUGUGGCUCUGCACAAUUGGGAUACCCACACAAUUAUCAGAUUAGUGUAACGUACUCUAGGUUGGACUGAAAAUGGUUUGAAAGCUGCAACUGGUUCAGACCAUUGCUGCCACAGUUUUGACUAGUUCAGCCAAGUAGAACAAUGUAACGCCAGUCUGCACUGGCUGCCUAUAUGCCACCAAGCCCUAUUCAAAGUGGUUGUGUUAUUUGUUCUGGAUGGCAGCUAGUGUUGUGCAAAUAGACCUCUGCUCAGACAACAGGACUUCACUUUCCAUUGCUGUUCUGUUCAGCCACAGACAGCAUUGGGUAACAAACCUUUCCCUUCAACUUGAAGGUUCCCAAGGCAGCUGCAACAUUUCAUCCUACCUGGGCUGCAAGAUCUACUGGAGAUGCCCUUGCUAUUCCAUGUAGAGUCCUAUGGGAGAGGGCCUUUAGAAUGAAUGCCCUGCCACAAAAUUGCAAUUGACACCAACUCUGCUUUGUUUUAGAUGCUAAUUAAUACUUUUUCAUCCAGGGCUUUGUUAGUGAAGGUGAGUUUAGUGGUGUAUUGUGGCAGGAACAGAUAAAGUAUUACAUGCUGUAAAUUUAAAUUUAUUGUUAUUUUGUUUAACUUAAUGGUUGUCACUGCAUGUGUUAGGGAUAUAAUAAUAGUUAACAAUAUAAUAAAUCUAAUUAAUAAAUGAAUACUGUUAGAAAUAUUAGCCAUAGGACUGUUUGAGCUUAUGUGAAUGAGUCCAUAUUGAUUUUUUGUAGCUGAGUCUCAUAAGCUCAGUUCAUUGUGACAUUGGGAUUCUGUUUUAUGCCAAAGUUGCAUUUACCUUCAUUACCUCUACUGAAGUCAAGUCAGACUGGUUGUUGUAGUAGUUACUAUUUUGCAAAGAUACCUUUAUGUAGAAUGAGAGAAACCAUGCAAAAGAAUAGAUACACUGUACAUUAACCACUGUACAUUGUACACUGUACAUUAACCUGGCGUGCGCUGGUCCAUGGGGUCACAAAGAGUCGGACACGACUAAACAACAACAACAUUAAACACUCAUGAAUUGCAUGAGUAAACAACGUAGACCCCAUAUUUUUGCAGAAAUCAAUAAAUUUAAUAAACUGAUUAUUUCAAGUUUAAGGGUGGUGGUGUUAAUUUUUUUUUUUUUAGUAAAGUAUUAAGUCCCGUUCAUGGAUUUCUCUACCUGUUCGAAUGCUCUACCUGUUCGAACAUCCUGGUAUAAUGUUCUGCUGAAUAAAAGCUAAAAGCCAGAGGACUAAGUCAUGACACAGUCCUGCAAACCAACUAUGCUCAUACUUACAUUAUUUUUCUUAGUAGUUUUGCUCAUUUGAACCCUUUUGCUUUGAAUGGAAUGGGAUGUGAAAAAGUGGGAGUUGGGAGAAGGCAAGAAGAGCCUGCUAGAUUAAGCCAAUGGCAGCCCAUGAUUCUUUUGCUCUCAUCUUUUGAGAAAAGGUACUGCCAUGUUUUGUAAUCCUGGAGACACAGCCUUGUGUUGAUUUUAUUGCUUUUGAGCAGCUCUUUGUAUUUUAGGUAAAUAAUAAUGAUGAUGGGAAACUGUCAACUACCUCAUAGAUACUGGCCUGCAAGACUGCAGUCCUCUAAUACACAAUGUAAGAUAAAUAGGCUCAACUAGAAUGUUAGUUUUUCCUUCUUGUUGUGUAGCUCAGCCUUAAGGUUAUACUGCAAUCACAGUUGCUAGCAUUCUUGAGUGUUGCCAAAUCUUAGUGCUACUUGAUGUAUCAGUAUACUGCACCCUUUCCAAAGUUAGAUUCAACUCAGUCUUUAACUGUCGCUAUCAGUUUUUCAAAAUUCCAUAUAUAGCUAGACAACUAUAAAUAUGCAAAGGUUUGGAGUCUUCCCAAAUGACUGAACCCAGCACUUACGCACUGUAAAACAGCUAGUGUAGUCAAACUCUUCUACUUGCUUCAUAUUUUAGAUUAUAAAAUAAAAUUCUAAUUUCAAAAAAAUAUCUAGGCAUACAAAAAAGGAAGCUUUCUUAUUGGUUUAAUAUGGGUUGCUUGUGUGUAGUGUCUGAAGUGCUGCAUUUAAAAAAAAAAUUUUAGUUACACAGUAAUGGGCUGCAUUCUUUAAAAGAACGGGGAGUUAUUACUACAACUAAUAAGUCCCGUGUCUUCAAACUUAACUUUCUGUCAUAGGUUAUUCAGAAGAUCCUAGAUUCAUGGGAUUGGGAGGAAGUCCAGUCCAGUCACCUUACUCUUUGAAAUCAGAAUUUAUUUAUUUAUUUGAUGAUAAUUUGUUACUUUAUUUAUAAGAAGAGCACUCUUAAAUCUUUGGAAUCCAGUGUCAGGGUGAAAAUCUAUUGUUAUCCUAAAUUAUUUUGAGGCUAUAGAAGGAAUUACUGUACCAUUAAGAGAGUACUGCCAGGCAGCAAGAUGGGCAACAGCUUUAUGUAAAGCAGAAAAUAAUAAAAUAGUGUAGAAUUGCAGAUAUUUCAUUUAAAUUGUAUUUUUAUUUGUCUUCUUCCUCCUUUCCUCCUCAGUUUGCAUUGUAGACCAACAGUUUAAAAAGUUUCCCUCAAAGACUAGAAACUUGUUAAAAUAAUUUUUAACCAGUGAUACUCUGUUUUUGUUGUUGUUCGGGAGAAGGGAAGGAGCUAUUCAUAUGUUUUGUAUUCCAAGACUGAAUCAAACAUGCAUGUAUUAUUCUUGGUACUAAUGCAGAAGACUGGUGAUGCUUAUUACAAUAACCUUCAAUUUACUCUGUUAGUUUAAUCCUAACAUUUUGAGCCAUUUUUUACAUUGCAAUGGAGAGCUUUUCUGUGGACUUGAUGUGUGAUUCUUGUGCAUACGCAUCAAAGUACUACUGUGGAAAAACUUGUAGGCUGGCAUAUAUUAAUCUAAUGAUUGCUAUGGAUAUGUGAACAUUGAUGAUACAGCUAGCAGAUGGCAUUGAUUUUAUUAACAUAUUUAUAUACCCUUUUAACCAACUACUUUGUGUUUUCUAGGCUGCUGAAUAUGUCCCAGAAAAAGUAAAGAAAGCUGAAAAGAAACUAGAAGAGAAUCCAUAUGACCUUGACGCUUGGAGCAUUCUCAUUCGAGAGGCACAGGUUUAGUGACAUAGGAUUACAUUUCCUUAUCAAUGCGUCCACUCACAGUGAUUGGUUCUGAAGUAAAUGUCAAUACAUUUUUACAUUAUAAAUAUUGUAAAUAUUUAUUGGUUUUCAAUUUUUAGAAUCAACCUAUAGACAAAGCACGGAAGACCUAUGAACGCCUUGUUGCCCAGUUCCCAAGUUCUGGCAGAUUCUGGAAACUGUACAUUGAAGCUGAGGUUAAUAUUUUCAUUUUCUUUCUUAAACAUAUAAUAGGAAUUUAAGUUGGCACUGAAACAUAAUUUGUUAGGCACAUACACAAACUCAGGUAAAGGAGGGAUUGAGCAUUUCUUAAUUCUGUACAACAGGUGAAAGGGGGUAAUUAAAAUUAUUUCUAAAUAUUUGGGUCUCUCUAUGAUCUGAUGAUUGUUGCAUUAUGGACUUGCAACAACAUUAAAACCGUUUCAAUGGUAUUGGAGUGCUUUAGCCUUUUAUUUACUUGUCGUGUCAAUUUAUUGCCUCCUGUGUCAUUUAUUUAGAGCUCCUUUUUCCCCAUAAAAAUUAACAAAUGGCUUUGUGAUUUGUUGGGCUCUAACAUUUUUAUUAUUAUUCCUAGGCUGUUUCAGUUUUUGAAAUGUUUGCUAGAGGGGGGUUGGAAAUGCAUAUUUUUAUUUGAAAAUCACUGAAUGCGGUAAAACAUAAAUGUGAAUUAUGCAAGUCACAUUUUCAAGUACCUGUCUAACAAAAUAUUUCAUAACCAAAAUGAAUAAGCUUUUUAUCCUGUUCUGUUAAAAGUGCAAAGGAUGAGCUGAAAUUAUGGAUAGCAUUCAUUCUCAGAAAAACAUCUUCAUAAUAAUACUUUAUAUAAAUAUGACUUUCCCUGGCAUGUGGAGAUGCAUGUCGUAGGUUUUUAACAUUAUAAUAACUAUAGUAUUUAUUUUAAAUUAGAGUAAACUUAAAUCUUUAUCUAAAAUGGUAAGUAAAAUAAGUUGUUAGGUGUUGUAUGCGGCAUAUAAGAUUAGUAAGAGAGUCUCAAGUAUAUAACUAUUGUAAGACUGCACAGAAUAUAUGCAGUUGAAUGUUAAGUGUGUUAAAUGUUAAGAGAUUAGUCUCUCAGACCUUAAGCACCCUCUCUGCUAAUGCAGGUUCUCAAAUGUAAGGCAGCCUUUUUAGAGAUGUAUUCUCUACACCCUGCCAGCAGCAUGUGCUGAUCCAUACCAGAGGCAGUGGGAAUAUUGAUCAGCCAUACUGAUGAUUAGCUUCUUUUUUUAUCUGUGCUGAUUUAUCCACAGGUAGUCUCUGACAUGUUUGUUCCACAGAUGAAAGAUCUGUCCCAUGGAUGCUACUCUUGUUUUUUCUGUUAACAGAGCAAAAAAGUUGAAUGCCAUGCUAUUUUUCUUGUUUUUAUGUGAUGUGCUUGGUCAUAGCUUUAGGCUGUGGACUUUCCCAGUUCUUCUACUUGUCUUCAGAAGGCUUGAAGAGCUGUUGGUUUGAGAACCCUUGAACCCUGGAUUUAAAACUUCAUUAUAAUAGCACACUUGCCUAUGUGAAUCCAGUAGGCAAUAUUGGCCUUUCUUAGUGGCCAGUACUCACACAUUGUAAACUGUUAGACUUAACCGUGAAGGGCAAAAGUAGAUUGGGAUUCUAUGCAUUGUCAAAGCCUUAAUCUUCAGUAAUACUAUUAUAAUUUCUUCUGGAAUCUUGGAACAUCCCUGCCCUCUCAUCUCCCUGCACACUCCCUGCUCAUUUUGUAAAUUUGGUUUGACGUGUUGGGGGACAACCCUUCCCAUCCACCCACCCUGGAACAUUAUUAGGAGUAGGCAAGGAGAGGACAAGGGAAGUUUUACUGUGCAGCUAAAAGUCCUUGCACUGGCAGAACUAUUUAGUUUGAUACUGCCCAACAUUGGCAACCCUAGUUGUAGAUAAUAGUUUAUGGUAGAAUAAGCUGGAACAUUCACCUUUAGUAUUUGGACAAUAUCCAGGAUCCUAUGGCCUGAUUGAACUACCAGGGCCUGUUAGCGGAAAUCUGCAUAGGGACUUCUGCUAGCAACUCAAGACUUUAACCCUCUCCUCCCCCAACGUGCUACACAACCCCCUUCAAAUUGGCUUGGGUGUGUGUGAAAGAUGCCCCGCCUCUGAAUAGCAGAUGGGAGGAGAAAAGAGAUUGUUUCCUUGGGGAAGAAAAAUGCUUCUACUGAUAGAAUGUUUUAAAAUGCACAGCAUUGAAUUCCUCCCAGUGUGCCAUCACUGUCUUCAUAUGCAUUUCAGCUCUCUCCUUCCAACCCCCUGUGACCCCUCCAAAAUCUCCCUUCAGUGGGCUGAAUGCCUUUUAAAAGCAACACCCAUGAGCAAUGAGAUGGGUAAUUUAUAUCAGAAAAUUUUUAGUUUCCCUAGAGAGCAUACUUGUUUUACUUAUAUUUAGUAAAUAAAGCUAAAACCUUUGAAACUCCCAUGUUUCCUUAAUAUUAUAUUUGUAAUUGGUACAUUUUUACUAACGAACCCACAAAACAAAAAAUUCUGUCCCAUAUCACUUCCCAUGAGACUUGGGAGACUGGCAGUGGAAAAGAAGACAGGACAUUUUUUCAUUCUUGGGCCCCUUUGGAUGCUCGACCCAUGGAUACAUGUCAGACCAAAGGUACACCCAAUAAUAAUAAAAUGUAUAUUCUGUCUUUUCUUCAGAGGGGAACUGGCUAGAAAGUACUCACUAUGUUUGUACUUGAAAAUAGGAUUUAUAAGCUAUUGGUUUACGUAGUGGAUUUUGACUUUACAAGUAUUUUGUAUGUCCCCAGUUUUCUUGAGCCAUUAGUGCCGGCCUCCAUAUGAAUUAAGGUUGUGGAAAUCUUUUUUUGACUCCCAUGCCUAUGACUACAGAAGCAUUGUCCAAGCCACUAAAGCAUUGUCUUGUCCACUCACUCAUAAGCAUAUAAUUACAGAGCAAAAUGAUAGUUAAGUCUGACAAACUUCUUAUCCACAAAUGUUACCUUGCCCUGGUCCUUUUACUGCCUUAGAAUUAUCAUGGGUUACAUGUUAAUGAAUUAGCAUUUUAAAAGAAGUAAUGGAAUUUGUCAUCUUUAGUUCAUAUGCAGAUGUAAAUAUCUUUAAAUUUUAAGAAUAUUAAGAAAUAUUGUGUGUCUUAUUCUGCUGAUUUCGCGCAUCUAACUCCUAUACUGUUACUAUCUUCCUGUUUAUAGUCUUAAACACAUUGUGUGACAGUACGCCUUAUCGCUUUUAAUUAAUCUUUUAAAAAUGUCCUUAAUCAGUUUUAAUUUGAAAAACCCAUAGGAUAUUUUUAUUUCAGUACUUUCCAGGCAAAAAUCAGCAGAUUUCUUGAGAUACCUUUUGGCCCAAUUACUUCGCCAGUCACAUUAAAAAUGGUGAUACCCAACAUUAUGCAAUUGACUUCAUGCAGUAGGAUAUAUCCUUCCUCUCCUCCACCUCAGGAGUGCUCCCCACCCCCGGUUGACCUCCAGAUCUACUCCAGAGGGUUAGUAGUCCCAUUGCAUAAGUGGAAGUUGAUUCCACUGGCGAAUGGUUCUUGCUGGAUGUCACCAUGUAAAGGACUGGAAUUUGGGCACAUUGUUUUCUGCUGUGCCAGUGACACUAGAAGGAUUAUGUUAAAAAUUAUGCGAUGUAUCAAUUCCGAAAUGAAAAAUACACUCUGGGUCGAUUAAGCCCUACCUGUGUCACUCAGUGGUUAUAAGUAGUAUUAGGAUGUAGGUAGGAAACAGGCACUGGUUUCGUCCCCUAAAGCUUUAUAUUACUACUUGUAGUAUCAUUUACUGUUGGAAAAAUUGCUUUUAAUAUUCUGAUUUUCUAACAUUAUGAAAAGAAAUAAUUAAUUUCUUGUAAGUCAACUCCAAAACCCUGCACACAAACAAAAUUUUUGUUUGUCAUUCUGCAUUUGUCUUGUCAGGAAAUAGGUACAUGGCAUUCCCUUUUCUGUCACUACUGCUUGAUAGAGUUCUUCCUAUGUGUAUUUAACAGCUUUUGGAUCUAUGAAAAGUUGUGUGUGUGAGUUGAGGAGUGAUGAUGUAUUUGAUUGGGAAGGAACAUGAAUAUUGGGCUGUGCCAAUCUCCGUCCAAUUAAAAAUUGGUUGUUUGACACCAAGGUAGUUAAAAUGUGUUCCUGCAUAACCAGGGAUAGUUUGUGCCAGCUUGAAGGUAGAUAGAGACUAUAACUUUCAAGGCUACUACUAUGGGACAAACGAGAUGGGAACAUCUAGCCCCAUCUAUGUCUAUUGUUGUCCAGGAAGCAGCAUCAGCUAGGUAUAGAGAGAAUCCAGGACAGAACUAGGCCAUGGAAGAUUCUUCUUCUUCCAUCUUACCCUGUUUUGCCUGGAUUGUGUCCCAGCAAUGCUUACCUCGGUGCAUAGUUCUGUUGCCUGGCAAUCCUUUGCUUCUAAAAUGUAGUAAGGUGUUUGUAUUGCUCCUAUACUCAUUCAAACGUAAGAGUCUUUACUUCCACCUCUUCAUCCAGAAAAUACCCUUCCAUACAGUCUUUUUGUUGCCAUAUUUUAUUCUCUUGCCACAUCUUCUUGCACAUCAUAGUGCAAGGUACAGAUACAUUUUUAUUGGAGCCUUAUUUAUCUUCAUCCCAUGUUCAUCCUUCUUUGUGGUUUCUUAACAUUCACUCACCUGGAUUCUGCAUCUCGACAGAGCGAGGCAUAAUACUGUAUUGGUUAGCUCAGGGGUCUGCAACCUUUAAGACAAAAAGAGCCACUUGGACCCAUUUCCGAAGAAAAAAAACCUGGGAGCCGCAAAACUCAUCAUUAUAAAAAUAACUUUUUUGUCACUUUUUAUUAUUAUUUCUUUGUUUGACCCCUCAGAAUUACUCCUCCUCAUAGAAAUAAAUGUUAAAUUAACAAGUUACCUUUUUGUGUGUGUGUGUUCUUCACUCCCCUUCAAAACAGUGACCAGCGUACAUGCCCCCUUUCAAUGCAGUGACCAGCAUACAUGCCCCUUACAAUGUAGCGGGCGGGCGGGAAGGUGACGUCGGGACGGUGCGUGACUAACGCACGCACCGCCCCCAUGCGACGUCACAGCCAGUACAGCGCCCGCCACAGUGGGGAGUGUCAGGGCUCACAAUGUGCCUCCUCCCCUCGCUAGUUUCCGCCCCGGAGCCGUGGCAAAGGUGUAAAAGAGCCACAUGCGGCUCCGGAGCCGCUGGUUGCAGACCCCUGGGUUAGCUGAUCAGUUUUCAGGUUACUGUGUCAGGGAAUAGAUUGGAGGAAAUAGAACAGGAGACCAGAUUAUUCAUUUGGUCUUUCUCAGCAGUAAUGAGCAUGUGGAUGGUGCUGGGCUAGAAGACAGAAUAAGUUUUGAAUGCUAGCGAAUCUGAAAAUUUGAGCAUCAGCUCUUAUGACAGCGCCAUGCAUAUGGAUACAAUUAUACAGUAACAUGCUUUUAUAACGUACAAAGUUGUACAGAGGCUUAGCUAUGGAAAAAGUUAUGGCACAAGAAUGGUGAUACAAUUUAACGUGAGAAUAUCUAACAUGAACAGCUAAGUGAACAUGAUAAAAAUUAAUGAUUGCUGCCAAAUUCUACAAAUAGUACUAUGCCACAGCUAAAGAAACACAGAAUCUUGGUGAAUCCUUAUGGCACAUACCGAUGACUAGAUCUGAGCUUUCUCUUCUUACCUCUUCUGAUAUCCUGGGCCAUUUUUGGUAAGUUUAAUUAAACAGCUUCCCAUCCAAUAGCUAUACUGUUACCUACCUCACAGGGUUGUUGUGAGGCUUAAUUAAAUGUUUUAGGUCCAAUAAUAGUGUGGAAAUGUUACAAAGUACUAUUCUGGGAAUGUACUACACAAGGGACAACAACAACAUAAAUUGACAAAAUAUAUCCCUUUGAUUUAAUUUUCCGGAAUGAGCAGUUAAGUGGCAAAGGCUACAAUUCAAAACACACCUACUAGAUAAAUUUGUUUUCUGCUAUGUGAAUGAACUGUAGUAAGCCUUCUAAAGCCAUAAGGAAGAGAUUUGCCCUGAAAUUUGGCUGCUUCUUAGUCUAAACAAAGGAUAGCAACCCUGCGGGCCUACAGAUGUUAUGCUAAAUUUGCAUCAUCCCUGAAGGUUGGCUAUGUUGGCUGUGGCUGAUGAGGAUGCUGCAACACCUGGAGGGCCACAAAUUCCCCACCCCUAGUCUAAGCAAACCGCAUUGUGCUAGAUUUUGAUCUUGUGGAGAACUGUAGCUAAAAGUGGAAGUUUCAGGUUUCCUUGCAGCCAUGAAGGAAAGAGAGCAGGGAGUUCCUUGAUCUGUUAAUAAUAAUAAUAAUAAUAAUAAUAAUAAUUCAUUAUUUGUACCCCGCCCAUCUGGCUGGGUUUCUCCAGCCACUCUGGGCAGCUUCCAUAGAAACCAAAAAUACACUAAAAUAUCUCACAUUAAAAACUUCCCUAAACAGGGCUGUUAACAUAGUGGGGAACCAUGGCUUCUGUUAACUGGGCCUGAGAGACUUCCUUCCAAAUAAACAGAAUUCAGUCGUGUGUUAAAGUUUAAAAAUUUUGAUACUUAGAACUUCAUGUUAUCAAACACCAUAAAUAAAACAAUAGAAAAUAGGGAAUUUAUAUUUUCGUUCUCGAAUAAUGUCCCACACCACUGCAGUUUGUAUUUUUUAAAAAAUUAGCUUCAUAAUAAUAUGCUUGAGUGUUCCAGUAUAGUACAGUUGUAGAUAACUAAGAAGGAAGUUUUACUUAGGCAUUUUAAUCCUAUUGCUGUAGCUGUAUACAGGUCCCAGAAUGAGUUACAAAUUAUCAAAUAAUAAGGAACUUAGAAUAAAAACAAAAAAGGAGCUAAGACCAAAACCCUAAACCAAUUUUUAAAAAUGUCUAAAAACAUUCCUCAAGUCAAAACACAUAGUUUUUUAUGUGUACUUUAUUAUUUUUAAAAUAAUAUUACAUUUCACAAAAGAUUAACACAACAUUCAUUAAAAACAACUUUAAUACAUUAUUAUACAUUCAAAGAAGGGAAUGGGGAAGGAAAGUGGAAACACGGGCUUCAACAUUGACCCACUGGGCUUUGUAAUUCAUGCAGACAAUUCCAUAUACGAGUCCAAAAUUUUGACAGUCGCCUGUUGAAGGUCUCUUUUUCACACACUGAAAGAAUUGAGAAAACAGACUAUUUAUAGUUAAAAUUCAAUGAUCUCUCCACCACUGCCCAGCCCCCCCCCCACAAAAAAACCAACCAACCGGGAUAAAGAGGUCUCCACCCUUUCCCUAAAAAGAUGUCAGGAAAGCUGCUCAGUGUUAUGAAGCAGACUGUAGACUACGAAGGCACAUGAGGGAACAAAUUCUCAGGGUCUUGUUUUCACAUUGAAGUGGGAUCAUUGAGCUGCUUUUCAUUAAACUAAUGCUAAACAAGCAUUAGGUGACAAUGCAGUGUGUAAUCCCCCCUCCAAUUUGUCAAUGAUUCAUAAAGCUCUUAGGCUCCAAAAACUUAAUAUAAAAUUUGAUAUGAAAAUCGGCUUUUUUCUUUUUAAAAACUAGUAUUGGAAAUUUGAAUUUCCAUUAUAUUUGAGAGUGUAACUCUAACUAACGGGUUGGCUUUGUUGCAUUUUAGCAUGGACUAAGAAGGAUUUUUUCAAAAGGUAUAGAGGCCACAGAAAAUGUAGGAUUUCAGGAUUAUACAUCUUUUUCUUAUAGGAUUUUUAAAUCUAUUUUGAUACAAACAUUCUGAGAAAGACAUACUUAGAAAUAUAUGGUUGAAAAUAUAAUUGUUUGAAAAUGUGCUUGGAGUUCUUUAAUGUGAAAUACCUAAAUAUUGCUAAAAUUUCCUUUGAAAUUAAUCUGAUGCUAUUGCUACCAUUAUGUAAUACCCUACUAUGGUAUUUUUUUACUAAGUUGCAUGUGGUUUUCUGUAAAGCAAUUGUUUAUACUAGACUUUGAAACACCCCAUGAAUCUCGUACCUUUUUAAAAAAUGUACUUGUAUACUGCUCCUUACCUGUUAAUAAAUAUUAAUUUCUAUAUGCUUGUUGUAGCUUUGCAUCAGAAAUCAGAUGCAAUUGUGUCUGUGAUUUUUGGCCCAUCAUUUAUUGUAGUACGAGUGUAACAGUCAAUGGAAUUACCAGCAACUUAAACACAGAAGAUAUUACUGUCUUGCCUUUGAAACACACUACAAAGCUGGGAUUUCCCACGUAUGUCAUGAGUUUAUAUAAUAAGCAAUUCCAAUAACCUGGUAUACAAGGCAAAAAGAAGAAGUUAGGAUUUGAAAUAUGAGCUUUCUAGUAUAGUGGCUGUACAUGGUUUAAAAAAUCAUCAUUCUUCCUCUUGUGUGUGCUCACAUACACUUGUAUUUCUCCCCUAAAUAUUAUAUUUUUGUAAAUAAUGCAAGAGACUUAUUCCUAAAGUCAUUCGGGAACAUUGGACUUAAACAAGGCAAAACAAUUAUUUUCAAUUAUUUUUGGAGUACAGAAUCAUAUUGAGUGACAUCCAACCCCAGCUUGGGUCAGGAAGGCGCUCUUCAUCUCUCCUCCCUGCAGUCCUUAGUGUGCUUACAAAAUCUGCUCUGGGAGUUUGGGAGACCCUCUGGAGCAGAUGUUUUUGGGAGUAAUGGGCAGUUGCAGGGAGGUGGAAAGGGAAACAAACAGGCUGACCCAAUAAGAUGUCACAUAUAUAAUUCUGGGUAUCACCCAUGGUAGAAUUAUUUUCCCCAAGUACAGUGGUGCCUCGCAAGACGAAAUUAAUUCGUUCCGCGAGUUUUGUCGUCUUGCGAUUUUUUUCGUCUUGCAAAGCACGGUGUCGGGAAAGUUUUGGAAAAGCUUCAAAAAUCACCAAAGUCUUUAAAAACCUCAAAAAAAGGCUACCACACCGCGUGCUAUGAGUUGCUCCUCGAAGUCAAGUCGCAACUGUAUUAACGGUGUUAAGAAAAAGGAAACAAACUUGCAAGACGUUUCUGUCUUGCGAAGCAAACCCAUAGGGAAAAUCGUCUUGAGAAGCAGCUCAAAAAACCAAAAACCCUUUCGUCUAGCGAGUUUUUUGUCUUGCGAGGCAUUCGUCUUGCGAGGUACCACUGUACAAGAAUGGCAUGGUUUCCUUUUUGUUUAUCAUGGCUUAUCGUUUUGUUUCUUUUAUUUUGUCGGCUGUUGAAUAACAAAGAGUUUUCAGAUGUCAAAGAAAAAGCAAAUUAAAAACUUACGAUACAAUAAAAUAAAAUUAGAAGCUUCUCCCCGGCCCCCUUCUCUAGGUAUUUAAAUACUUUCAGAGGGGUCAUAUGAUUUGCUAAAGGAGGCUUCUAAUCACUUUCUUCUUCCUGAGCUAUUUCAGAAGCCUAAGGCUGUUAUUGAAGAACUUAGCUGCUAAAUGUAAUGUAAGCAUGCUUGUGUGUGUCUCCAUACAGUCUGCAAAGCACACUAAGGCUUAUUUUCACAAUUUAUGGUAUUAAGUACACAAUCCUAGUUCAGGAGACUGCAUUCUGUGUCAUGUGUUAAAUAACCAGAAAAUAUUUGAGAGGGGGUCAAGUUCUUUGGCUGCAGGAAUGCAAAAAGUUAUGUUUGCUAUACUUAGGAUUGUGUACUUUAUACCCUGCAUGUAAUACAGUGGUGCCCCGCAAGACGAAUGCCUCGCAAGACGGAAAAACCGCUAGACGAAAGGGUUUUCCGUUUUGAAGUUGCUUCGCAGGACGAAUUCCCCUAUGGGCUUGCUUCGCAAGACGAAAAUGUCUUGCGAGUCUUGAGAUUUUUUUUUCGCUUUUCCCCCCCUUUAUCUAAUCUGCUAAGCCUUUAAUAGCCUUUAAUAGCCUUUUAGCAGCUAAUCCCUUAAGCCUUUAAGCCUUUAAUAGCCGCUAAACAGCUGAUAGCGCUAAUAGCGCUAAUCCGUCAAUGGGCUUGCUUCGCAAGACGAAAAAACCGCUAGACGAAGACUCUUGCGGAACGGAUUAAUUUCGUCUUGCGAGGCACCACUGUAGUCAGAUUCUGUCGAGGUAACAAGUUUUACUACAUAUACAAACUGAAAUUACACACAUUCACAUUUUGCAUAAUUAUUCAAGCUAGUCAUGGGGAGGCAAAGGGUCUGUGGAGUACAACACAUUGUUCACUGGAAAUCAUACUUUGCCCUGGUCCAGCUUCUGAGAUGUCACUAAGCAUGUUCACAUAUUUUCAGUAUGCAGGGGUUAGAAUCUUUAGAAGUGGUGGUGGUAGGAAUGGAGGUAUAGAAAAAAUGAUCAAAAUGCUAAAUUUGGGACUUGCACACAGCUAUGGAAUGGACACAGUCCAGAAAUACUUUUACUGGGGAGUAUAAUUGCAUUUCAUUUUCAUGUUCUAAGCUUUAGGUUUUGCCUUAGUUCUCAAGUGCUGUUCAUGGGGUUAUACCCCUUAAGUAGUGGACUCAAUUUAACCAUGCUGCUGCAUCCAGUUCUGCUAUCUCUGGCCUAGAUCAUGUUUCUCAGCUUUGCUUGAUUGCAGCUUCAGCCCUUACGUAAACUAGAGGUCUGGCGGUCCUUUUCACGAGUUGCUAACCUCUAAACUUGGUUACUGUAGUGUGGUGUAACUCUUGAAAAGCAGCUUGGAAACUCAGCUGGUUCAGAAUAUGCUAACUUUGCUUUAAUAUGGAACUGACUAUAACCCAGGUACUUCCCUGUCUGAGUUAUAGGGUUGCCAGUCUGUUGCCAUUAUCAGUUCAAUGUGCUGGCCCUUAAAUAGGCAUAUGAAGAUAGUUAGGGGAGUGUCUUCUUCCAUUGAUUCCAUUUGCAGUGAAUUUAGAAUUAAGAUCAAGUGAAAAAGCAUGAUGGCAAAGCUAUCCUCCAAAUGUUUUCUUUAAAGAGAGAGUUGCAUUAUAAAAGGAUGACUUAAACAAGCUUAAAAGGGCAACAGAGGAGAGUUAAGAUCUGCAAAAUAAAUGGGUGGACAUAGAAAAAGUUUUCCUAAUGCUGUAUCAUUGACAUACGAUAGAGAUGGGAUGAAUUCAUAUGUAACUAGCAGGUUCCUGCAUAUUUAGAAUAAGUGAGAUAUGUUCCUUCCAGGUUAAAGGAAAAUAUACCUUGGAAACAAUGAGACCAUUGUUGUGAGCUCCUGUUUGGCCAAAGAUGAAGCAAAAUGCAUAACUAAUUAAAAUCUUUAAACCCAAGUAAUUAACUACCUUCUCCUGAGAUCUUGCAGCAUGUUCCCUUGCAAGAAAAAAUAUGAUAGGUGCUGCUGCAAGUAAGUAGUUGUAAUUUUAAAAGAUUGCCACAGUAUUACUGUUGCUAUUCCUCCUAUGCUAAGGGCCAGGACAGACUGUUAAAAUUGUACCCCCAGCUUGAGGGAAAUAGUUUACAGUAUAUGAGAUUGGACAAUUGUGUUUCGUGCUGUUAUUUAACAUUCUUGCAGAUGAUUAUACCCAUCACAACAAAUUACCUUUAUUGAGGUAAUACAAGUUCACUCUGUGCAAAUCUUUCAGCUUAGAAUAUGUGUGUGAGAUAGUUUUGUAGCAAUAGAUCAUUUUGCCAUAGUGUAGGAGAUUCUGGGAUGGACUGUUGUCCCAUUAUUAUUAUAUCCUGUGUGUUUCCCAGAAACAUCUAGCUGGCCAAUAUUCAAAACAAAAUAGUUGAGUCCUUGGUCUGAUCCAGCAAGGUAAUUAUUGCAUUGCAAUUCAUUUUUGGAAAAUAAUGGUUAUGCUAUGAGGCAAUUGGUAAUGUGUUCUAAUAUUGGGCAGCCAAAUGUUACAGCCAGCCCUUUUAUCCUUCCCCUUUCCAGGGUGUUCUAACAUUAAAGUAUUUCCUAGCCUUCUCUAGGAUUUCCUAAAAGUAUUGGAAAAUGUAUGGAUCUGGCAACUGGGUUGAAUCCCAGCAUUGCAUGAACCAAGUUCUGCUUGUGCAAGUGCACUUCCCCUCCAUUCCUCCCCAUCUUCAAAUCUGCUCUGGAGGCUCGCAACCUUCCAGAGCACAUAUUGGAGAUAUACAUGAGUAAGGAAUGGAAGUUCUAACGUACCAUUUAUUGAUAAACCUUUGAAAUACUUAAUGCUUGUGUGUUUGUUUGUUUGUUUUACUGUUUCAGUGUCCUUUUACAUUCGCAAAAUGCAUGUCAUGUCGUGAAAUACCAGUUAGAGCAUAAUUAAAUUUCUUCCUUUCCUCCAUAUGUAUAUUUGAUUGUGUAUGCCUUAUUUAGCUGUACGAAGUAUACUUACUGUUGUGAAUACGACUGAACUCUCCUUUCACAAAAAUACAGAAUAAAGAGGCAUUUUUAAAAGAACAAUUAUUAUUUUCUGUAUCCACUCUUUUCACAGUAGUUCUUCAUUGGCUUGAAAUGAAUCUGUCUUCCAAUCAAACCCCUCCCCUAAUCCAAAAAAAUCUUCCCUUCAUUAAUACAUAUUUGCUCCAUAUGCCAGCUAUUCUAUAGACCCACACAAUUCACUUUUUAUGCGACAAGUGGAAAUAGUCCACAACACGAAAGGGAUGCUGUUAGCCCAAACAAUGAACCAAGCCAUAGAAAACAACCACACAUGUCUAAUUAUUCCCUUAGGGAAAUUUAUGUGAGAAGAUAACCCCCCACCCAACCCAAUAUUUCUGAAAACAAAUGCCCUGUCAUUGGACUCCAAUAUAAUAUAUCUUUGCAAUAAACUUUGCCACUAAAGAUAGAGAGCUAAAAGCUAAUAGCUAAUAAUAUUCAGUAUUGGAGACCAACUCUUCUGAGCUAAGCAUAUCUGGCAUAAUACCAAGUUAAAGGAUGGGGCUGAAAUUAUAACUCAUUUUUAAUUUCCCCUUUUGCACUGCUACUUCUUACAUGUAUGAUACCUAAACACUUAAAUGAGAAGUGGCCUAUUGGCUUUUCAUUUAAACUUGCAGAGCUUUAAAAGCAAUGUGAAAAAUGAAAAUUGAAAAGCUCUUCAGUUGUACGUGGGGAAGGGAAACGAAACUUUCUUUUUCAUACACUUCAUUCUUAAGUGGCCUUUCAUUUGGGCUCCAGCUUGCUCCAUUUUAUCCAGUGCCUUCAGAUUGUCUGUGUCCCUUGAACACUCCUUACCAAAAUAGUAGAAUUGUUCUGAGUCCAAAGUGCCCCCCCCCAUUUUUUUGUCUUUACCCUGUUUUCAGCUGCUGGUCAUGUGAUUCUAUCCAGGGAGCAAAUGAAGUUUCUCAUCUUCCCAUGCCACACAAUUCAUUUAGGGGCUUAUAGCUGCACUGCUCCCUAUGAGUUGCUUGUUAUGGUGCAGAGUAGAAGUCUCCAGAAAUAGUAGGAUAUUGUUAUUUUUUUCUAAGUAUAGAUACAGUCAUACCUCGGGUUAUGAACGCUGCGGAUUGCGCAUUUCUGGGUUGUGGACCGCGCUGAACCCGGAAGUACCGGAACGGGUUACUUGCAGGUUUCGGCACAUGCGCGGAUGCAGCACUUCAGGCUGCGAGCGCUGUGGGUUGCGAACGUGCCUCCAGCACGGAUCAAAUUCGCAACGAGGUAUGACUGUAGUGGCUUGUGAGUUUUGUUUACAUAAACUAUUUGUAAAUAAUUUGUCGUUCGUAAUUUUUUUCUCUCCUGCCUCAUCAGCUUAGACUUUGCUCCAAGAACUUUGCCUUGGGCUGCUAGACCUGAACCUUAGCAUAAGCAAGGAGGGUUUUUUCUGGGGGGAAAGGAGUUCUGGAGAGAAGAAAUGGGAAAUGGUGUCAUUUUUUUCCUAUUCUUCCUUUAAUCUCUUAGCAUAUAUUCCAUCAAUCCUCCUUUUCUUCUAGGAUACUGAAUAUUAGCUGUAUGGGUUCAAGGAGAUUCAUUUCUUCUUCCCUCCAAUUUCCUUUCCUCCUCCCCCCCCCUUUCAGUUGAUGAGUAAACCAUAUACUGGCUCCAUUAAAUCAUUUUGUUUUUAUUUGUAGGCUUGGCUGCUAUCAACAUCUGUCAUAGAACCUCAGAGGUGCUAGUCAGACCAUUGUGUGUGUGUGUGUGUGUGUGUGUGUGCGCGCGCGCAUACUUUUAUCUCUCUCUGUGUGUAUGCACAUGUAGCACCUUGUCCAGAGUAUUUUCAAAAUCUGAAAAUAGGCUCCAAAUAAAUUACUGCAGAUAAAGGUUGAUGAGUGUGUGUGUGCAUAUAUUUUCAGAAAAAGCUCUUGUCUGGAAUGACUUUAAUACCAAAGUAGUUUUUUGUUCAAAUCCUUAUUUUUUCUUUGUCAACCACCAUUGCAAUUAUUAGUGUUCUAAACUUCAUAUUAUAUGUAAUCAAAAGAAUUGAAUCCUUUUAACCACUUUCUAAAACAAGUUUCUUGUGUGGCAUGGCUGGAAAGAGACUUCAAAUAUAUUCAUUUUUACAUUAAUUAUUAAUUAUAAUAAGAAAUUAGUUGGUCCAGAAUUAGAAACAGUGGUCUGUGUUGGAGACAACAACCUUGUUUGGCCUGUGGGCACAUUUGUAUUUUUGAGCAAACGCCAUAGGCACCCCUCUCUCCGGUUACUUCACACUCCUCUCCCUAGAUCAGUUGUCCCCCCACCCCCAAAAGUCAGUGAAAGUGGCAAUUUGAACGCACACUUUGCUUUUCCAGGGGAUCUUUGUAAAAGUCCAGUGGAAUUAAUUUGAGCUUUGAAAAGCUCUUCUCAUUAUUUGAACUUACAACUUGCUUUUUUAAAAGAAGGUAACUCUAAGAGACUUGCAAAAAAUAAAACAGCAUGAAAACAGUAUAAAAUUCAAACAGUAAAAGCCGAAUAUUAUAUUUACAGUGGUACCUUGAGUUACAAAUGCCUCAAGUUACAAACUCCAGUAACCUGGAAGAGUUACCUCAAGUUGAGAACUUUGCCCCAGGAUGAGAACGGAAAUUGUGUACCGGCGGCGCAGCAGCAGCAAUAGGCCCCAUUAGUGAAAGUAUGCCUCUAGUUACGAACAGUUUCAGGUUAAGAACAGACCUCUGGAAUGAAUUAUGUUCGUAACCAGAGGUAACACUGUAUAAGAGAGUUGGACUAACAUAUCUCACAUAGAAAAGGCCACAUAUAAUCGAAACCAAAGGCCUGACAAGAAAUAAUCCCCUCCUCCGGCACCUAAAGAUACAUAAUGAUGGCACCAGGCAUAGCUCCUUGGGGAAAGCAGCCCAUAAGUGGAGAACCAUCACUGGAAAGGCCUGCUCUUGUUUUUACACCUCCUGCACCUUCCUUGGAGUGGGUAUAUGAAGAAGGACCAAGGGUAUGGGUUGGUUUAUGUUGCAAAAGAGUCAGUCCAUGGAGUAUUGGGAUCCUGAGACACAAAAAGUCUUUCUAGGUCAAAGCCAGCACCUUGAAUUUAGCCUGGAAAUUAAUUGGAAGUCAGUGUAGUUUGCCAGAAUUGGAGCUGAAAGAGAAAUGGGAGAGAAAGCAACCCUUCUAAUGUCUUGUCAGUCUGUUUCUAAUCAAUUCUUUAGUUUCUCUCCCUGCUUCCUCAAUAUUACAUUAAAAACUAUUGUGUCCAUAGAGUAUUCUGUUUUUACUCUUUGCUACAAAAAUUCUCCCUGUAUACUUUUCUGCAUUCCACAUGAGCAUAAUCUUGGUUUUGGCCACAUCUUCUCCCAACACAAACAUUUCCAUUUCAUAUAAAUACAUAUUAUACAUUUUCUAAAUUGCUUAUCUAUCUCUUGUCUCACUUCUUGUAGAAAAAAGUGCCUGCUAAAUCUUUUUCCUGAUUUCCUUUGGAAUUUCAACUCUUCCAGUUUUUUAAAGCUCUGAGCCAGUCAGGUUUCUUUCUUUUUCUAGUCGCCUUCCCAUCAAUUUCUGCUUGUAUAUUUGAAUUUACAACAUUUUCUCUAACAUGAAAAAAAAUCUUACCAUGUCAGUUGUCUUUAUUUAAUCCAUAAUGUUUAUCAGUCUCCCCAUCCAUUCAAUGAUAAUAUUAAAAAAAUUCCCUGAGGAAGGUUUGUGUGUUGCCUUUAAAAUCUCUGGUUAAUCUGCAGUAAAUCUAUCAAAUAUUAAAACCAUCUGGGAUUCUUGACUCCACAUUGUCCAUAGACUUUUAGAAGAGCAUUCAAGGGUGGACCAAGAUUGGCCCAUGAGCUUGGAGGUUUCCCCUACCCCUGUUCUGUACAUUUGGUCAUUUUAAUGCUUUCCAUCAGUUUGCCCCGGAGUGACCAACAUUAAGCUAAGUAGCCUAUAAUUCUUCCUUGUCCUUGCUUUUUCUUUUUUUUUAAAAAAGAUUUUUAUUGUUAGUAUUGCUAAUAAUUGGUCUCCGUAUUUGAGGACUAGAAACUGCUCAAUCUUGGCAGCAAUUUAUUUUUGUUAGAUGAUCAGCAAUUCCACAUUUGGAUUCUUUUAAGAAUUCUUGGGUUGAUAAUUUUUUGUUUUUUUUAAGUAGGGCAUAGAACUUCAUUUCUUGCCAUCACGUUGCUCAGUUCUUUAGACAAACAGCUAUCUGCCUAACAUGUUCUGUAGCGAAAGUAGAUGCAAAUAAUUCAUUCAGUUUCUCUGCAGUCGUCUUUUCCUCCUUUAGUACAUGCUCGGCCCACAUUUCUUCAGCCCUAUUAUCACAGCUGGUAAAACUAGAUUAGCAGGCUUUUGAAACAAUACAAAAUCUGCUUAAUGGAGUGAAAAUGGGAUAUGUAUUUGUUACUCUAUAAACUUAACUUCAGUAAAUUUUACCUCGGUGGUUUACAAGACUGUAAAAACAAAUCAAUGAUAAAAGCAAAAUAAUAAGAAGAACAAUAUUAAUUAUUAAUAAAGUAAUAAUAAAAUGGCAUAAGCAGCAAAUUCAUCUUUUACACUGCAUUCACAUGGGGGGAGGAAAGUUGUUGUUUUUCUCUCCUCUCUUAAUGUUUUGAACUUGAAGCAGGUUGCAGUAAGAAGUGUGGACAGAAGAGAGGGCAACAGAGUUAUAAAGAGGAGAUUUUACAGACUUGGGACAGUGGUAUAGCAUAAGGCACAGGAAUUGUAAUGGCAGGGGAGAGAUCUGAUAUUUGAUGAAAACUACAGCAGAAAAGUAAUGUGCAUGAGGAAGAAUCCACAACAGGUGUAGCCUAGUUCAGAAGGGUGGAUAAAGUUAAACAUAAGAACAAGAAACUUGGAAUUUGUGCGGAGCAUGUACCCAGAAGAGAAGGAAAAUGAUUUGGGAAGGCCAGAUAUGGGAGAAGGGAAGGCUAGCUCGGAAAGGGAUCUAGCCAUCAAAAUAAUAGCAGUAUUUUCAGAAGCCAGGUGGUUUAACUUGUUUUGCAUAAUGCCCAAAUGUGAAGUUGCUUUAGUUCAGGAGUACAGCUGUACUUUGAAAUGGGGAGAGAAAUUCAGCAUAGUGCUAUGGCAGUCCUGUCAGCCGAAGAUUUUCAGCUUGCCAGAUGGAAUACCCACCCUCCCCCUUUCCCCCUGUAUGCUGUUCUGGAGAUUCGCCCAAUUCUUCCCCUCCUCCCCUGCAAAUUUCAGGGCACACAGGAAGAGGAGAAAGAGAAAAAAGCCCGUUGUGCUGGUGGAAAUCUUUGCACAGAAUUUUGCUGAAGGGACUAGUUAGUUGAAUCCCAGCCACAUUGAUAAAAGGACAUUACAUUUAGAACACUUGCAGGAAAUGGGGACUGCAAUUUUGCAAAGUUCUAUAUUGUAUGUCCAACUGAAAAUCAGUGGGACAUAACCACCUGUGCAUAUGUGUAAUAUUUCAGGGAAGGAGCAGGACCCAAAGAACUGCUUACAGGUGAGUGCAAGGGUUUGCACACACUGGUGGAUUUUUUUUUUAACAGUACUCCCACUCCCCCAAGUGGCAAAUUACAAAUUGCUUUGGGAAGGCCCCUUGGUACUUAAAACUCAUUCACCAUGGAGCAUGCAGGCUGCUGUUUUCAGAAAGCAUAUGCACAAAGCACAUUAGCUACAGAGAAUUAGUUGCAUGGUUUGUUAGUCUGGCCAAACUCUUAUUGCAAGGGUCAGCAACCAUUUUCAGCCGUUGCCGGACUAUAUUUUGAAAAAAUAAAUGAACAAAUUCCUAUGCCCCAUAAAUAACCCAGAGAUGCAUUUUAAAUAAAAGCACACAUUCUACUCGUGUAAAAACACCAGGCAGACCCCACAUAUAACCCAGAGAUGCAUUUUAAAUAAAAGGACACAUUCUACUCAUGUAAAAACACGCUGAUUCCCGGACCAUCUGCAGGCCGGAUUGAGAAGGUGAUUGGGCCUCAUCCAGCCCCUGGGCCUUAGGUUGCCUACCCCUUCUGUUUUGCUUUUCUGAAUAGCCAAGGCGAUAGAGGCAAAUAUUUAUUUGUGCAAAAGCAGAAAUGUGAUUUUUAAAAGAGAAGGUUUUUAGAAGUCAAUGAAAUUUCAACAGCAUAACUUUUUAAGUGCAAACACAAAAUAGCUUUUUAACCCAUUUUGUUUUUAUAGUAUUAAGUAAUUAUUCCUCAAAUUGGGGGGGAGGGUCUUGCUAUAGGACUUAGAAACUAAGAAGACACAAGGGAAGGGGAUUGCAGGGACAAGGUACAGGAGGAAAAGCACUUCUUCAAGGCCAAUACAAAGUGGUGAGCAGCAAGCAUUUAUAUCCAUUGUUUUUAUUUGGCUAUAGUAAAAGCUCAGAGUGGUUUCCAAAAAUAAUACAUUUCAUAGUUCUGUAAAAGCCCUACACCCAUAGCAGCUUGAGGAUGAUGAUGAUGAUGAUGAUAAUGAUAAUUACACUCCACCCAUCAGACUGGAGUGCUCCAGACUGGGUGGCUUCCAACAUAAUAUAAAAACAGUGAGACAUCAAACAUUAACAAUUCCUGUUACAUGGCUCCCUUCAGAUGUCUUCAGAAAAUUGUGUAAUCGUUUAUCAGUUUGACAUCUGAUGGGACGAUGCUCUAUGGAGUGGACGCAACUACCAAGAAGGCCCUCUUCCUGGUUCCCUGUAACUUCUCGCAGUGAGGGAGCUGCUAGAAGGCCCUCGGAACUGGACCUUGGUAUCUGAGCUGAACGAUGGGGGUGGAGAGACUCCAGGUAUAAAAGUUUGAUAGAAGACUGGGGAGUGGGAGCAGUGAAUUUCUGAUAAAAAUCCAGAAUCCUUAAUAUACAAAUGAAAGUUGGGUGGGGUUUAGUCCCGAUGUCGCAUGACUUUUUUUGGAAAAGGUAGAAACAUAGUUCUAUUGCUGCUUUCAAAUGGAGAAAGGAUCAUUUUUGGUAUACAGAAAGGCAUCCAAAAGGGGAAAGGAUUGGGGAGGGUGUAUGGGGGAAAUGUGAUACAGACCCCUAAAGUGUAAAUUGAUCAUUACAUCUUCUGACCCAGUAAUAAAAUAGGCUGUAUAUGUGAAGCUGUUUACCAAGCUUCAUUGCUGUGCUUAAAGCUGCUUAAUUUCCAAGCAUGUUGAAGCUUCUGUUUCCUUUGGUUUAAUAUCCACUUGUAUUCCUAAGAUUUUCCUGAUUGAAUACCCCCUUCGUGUACCUCUAAAUUCUAGGGUAUGUCUUCACCUGGGAGAGAGGUAUUCUAUACCAAUAGCAAACUCUAAAUACACACACUGAGAGCCACAAUAGACUUACGUUUCUACCGAACUUGUUCUCUCCCUGACUCCCAACGUCUCACUUCUCUAUCUGCUUUUGGUCCUUCUCUCAAAAGCGUUUUGAAUCUUCUUUGAUCUCUUUGUGAAAGGUAUAGAGCAUGUUUGUGUCUUUUGCUCCUGUGCUCCAAAGACAAAUUUCUACUGAAUAUCCGUUCACCUUGAACUGCUUGUAGCUAUAGCACUUCACAAAUAAGCAUAUAUCUAAUCAUCACACUACCUGCCUGGUGCCUGAUAGGUUGAUUUCUACCAUGGGUUCUACCAUAUUCUUAACAUACCCUCUAAAAAUGUGUUUUACCUAUGUGAGGUGCAUUGUUAACCACUACAGGUAGGUAGUAACCUCAUCCUUUUGCCCAUUUCGUAAGAGAAACAUAACUAAUUUAUAAGAACAAAUGUUCAGUGUGACUUUUAAAUGUUUGCUCAAAUUAUUGUCUCUCUGUGUUGACAACACUUUGACCAGUGUUGACAGAUGGGUUCCAAGCUUCUCAUUUAGAAGACAUUUCUGAUCUUCCAUGCCAUGGCUAACACAUGGCUCAUCCACACAUCCCAAGUAAUUUUGGGUAGCCCAGAAAGGUCAUCAAUAACCUGGCUGCAGUUAAAAAAAUGUAAAUGGGUGGUGCUGUUCUCUCCCCCCCACCCCCCAUUGCAGAGAAGGGGAAAGGAAGGUGACACCUCUAUCUUUUUACUAAAGGGCCCCUUCUGCCCCCUGGGAAGGCACUGUUCUUAAAAGGUUGUCACCAUUGUUAGAUCUUAGAAGGCUAGAAAACAGGAAGAAGAUCUAACAGUGGUGUCACACCAAAGAAGGGGCCUUUCUCCAAUGGCAAGAAGAGGCGGGAAAGUGCUGGGGUAGGGGUAGACCCUGCUUGAGAGCAAGAGCACUGCUAAGUGAAUAUGUGUUUUUGUCUGCUGCUGAGUCCACCCUUCCCCUGCUCUGUGUGCAGGCUCUUGUCUAUCUCCUGUUGAGUGCAUGAAUAUGUAAGUGGCAUGCCUGCCUUCCCUGGCUGCUGAGACUACGUAUAUGUGCCUCUGAAUCGGGCUUGGGUUGGCAUGCAGCCCUCUACUGCUGAAUUACCACAAGAGGACUAAACACGUGUAACAAUUUCCCCACCAGUCUGUAAACCUGCAUAUAAUUGGCAUACAUCAUUACACAUGCAGAGCCUAUGCAUAAACAGCUUUUAUGUCGGUAAACAAUUUUAAUUGUGCUGACCUCACAUAGUUUGGAAUACAACAACACAAUUCCACCGUUUCCUCAAAAUAAAUAGCAUGUCAUUCUUGGUGUCAUUUUGCUUUUUGUUGCAUUUAGAGUUUACAAACAAAUCUUGGUUAAUUUUUACAUUUCCACAAGGGUCAAAGUAGGUUUUAAAACUCUAGGUGUGUAAAACUUACCCUUCACUUUUCUCCCUUGGCCAGUAUUCCUGACUGGGUUAUCGCCAGCCUAUAACUCCUUAAAUGGCGAACUAUUUUUUUGAUGCUUUUGAAAAUGAGUAUCUAUAAGAAGCUCCGACCCUCUAAAUUAUAAUAUUGUUUACAGUGAGUGCUAAAUUGCUAGAAAACAAAGUCUUGUGUGGGAAAUCUUCUGAUACAGACCAUAAUGAUAAGCAUUCUCUCUCUCUCUCUCUCUCUCUCUCUCUCUCUCUCUCUCUCAUCAAGCCUAUCUCUUAUUGUUUGAGAUGAUUAUUGCCAUCAGACUAAAGUCCUUAAAUGGUUUUCCCAAGAUACAUUAUUCCUUAGAUAAUCAUUCUCUUGUUUCCUGAAAGGGACACAUUCUGCUGUGAAAUUUAUACAGAUUCAUACACUAAUCUCCAUCAUCCUUUUCGAUUGACUAGUUCGUAAGAUGAUGUUGGAUUCAAUUUGUAGUGACAGAAUUCUUAAAUUUAUGCCUACACAAUGUGGUGUUGAACACUGCCAAAGGAAGAGAAGACCUAGAAAGUUAACUGGCCUGGCUCCAAAAAACAGCUCCAGCAAAAAUAGAGAAUGCCAGAAAACAACAGUCAGCAACUUCAAAAAUGUCCAAAUUGACAUGAUGUCAAGCUCUUGAGUUGGGACACGUUUAGGAUAAGUGUUCCAUCCAAAGAGAGACAUUGAAGUUGAUGCUGUUCUCAUGUAGAAAGACAAGCGAUCUGACUAUAUCGCAAUUCUGUAGACUUCAUUUUUAAAAAUGGACGAAGUUCAAUAAAAGAAAAAGGAAAGGUUUUGUUUUGUUUUUUGCUUGUUUUGGAUGCUGCUAAGAAAAUCGUGUUUGCGUUAAAACUGAAGAGAUAACAUGCACAGUUUGGAAGGAAAUCCAAGUCAAGUUGCUAUGUAGGUGAAGCUAUAGUAAGAAAAAUAUGUUCUUAUUACGGAAAAGUGUCCUAAAUUGGCAGAAUGAAUAGAAGGCUGCAUUAAGAAACAAGGAAAACUUAAAAGAACACACAGAAAUACAGUAUUGGCAAUGAAAAUGUUUCUGAGAAGACUUCUCCAAAACAGCCAAACAAAAAUAACAGUUGUUUGCCAAGUUCAUAAACAAGUGGGCUAUGUUAGUUGCAUAAUUUUUGGGUGGUUUUUCUUUUUAAAACUUGCAAUAGAGUAAAUUAUUGGUUUUCAUUAACUCUCCAUAAAAUACUUAUAAACUUGUCAUAACUUUAUCUUCAUACUAUCCUAUCUCUGUCUACUAAUCAUUGUUCCUUUGAUAGUAAUUCUAUUGUUCCCUGAAAGGGACACAUUUUGCUGUGAAGUUUGUGCAGAUUCUCAUAGCAACCUAUUCCCAGCUACUGAAAGACAUCUGAAAUUAUCUGAGAGUACAGUCAGUCUAAUGCUGUCCUAGAUUAUUUAAGACUUGACAGUAAUCAACUUGAAUUGUGAUUGUGCCCAAAAAGAGUAGUUCAGACACUGGAGCACUGGUGAAAUGUGCUCUCGGUUAUCUUUCCCACACUUGAAAGCGGGCCAUAAUCGUCAUGCACACAUUGAAGAAGAUAAGGAACAAAAUGGGAUCCUACAGUGACCAUUGCAAGUGGGUUGACAGUUUUUAGUUUCUUGGUUCUUAUUGAGAGGAAUGAAAGAACCACUCUGCCAAAUCAUGGCUUGUAGCCAGCACUCUAGCCAGGCCAAAUGAAGUCUCAAACUCCAAGUGGCAUUCAUUAGUCAAAUUUCAGAUGGUUGUUGCCAUACAGCCAAGUACAUAUUUUUUUACACUGUAUAUGGGUGAAGAGACUGAAAAAUAUUUCAAGACAAUGAGUCAUAACCAGAGUGCUGAUGUUCUUGAUUUUGUACUUGAGCUGCAACUCCCAAGUGAAAAUCAAUAUUACAGAAAGCUGAAAACUGCUAAGAAUGAAGACAUCCUGGGUCAAUUAAAUCAUUCAUCACUAAAAACAAUUCAGCUGGCUUUGGAGAUGCAACAGCAAUUGGGAAGGAGUUGCUGUUAUCACAGCUAGUGUUACAGAAAUUAUUAUGCAGAGUUCUGUGCUCUUUGGUGUGAAUUGAGACUCAGUGGUACUCUUACUCCCAUUUUCUGGCUCAAGCUCUGCGAAAUUCUAAUCAGAAAAUGGUGGGGAAGGACACAUAACAACAACCAUGUCAGUGGCUAAUAAGCCAACUUCCUAUAUUGCUAGCUAUUGCUAGCAAUAGCUAUUAGGCUAUUGAUUGAAUAGCUUUCAUAGUGGAUGAGUAUGUCUUCAAAGCUUUAUGGGAUCCUUUUGGGUUCACGAGCGCUGAGGGAUUGAUAGUCUUAACAAGGACAGAAAAUCUAUUUAGUCUAUUGCCUUUGUUAGCUAAACAUUGUUGGAAGUACAUUGCUUUGGAAGUACUGCAUCCAGUGAUCUAGUGGGUUUCAAAUUGCAAAGCAGUACCAUGGCAAAGUUGUGGAAGACCAAUAAGACUUGUGGGAUUUCGUGGGUGCUAGUAGAGUGGGGAAAUUAGAAUUGGGAGUUUGUGAGAUAGAACCAUCUCAUCUUCCUCAUCUGUUCAGUGGAACACAAAACCUCCUUUUUGGAUACUGCCCUGUCUCUUCUUAUCUGUUCACUGGAAAACAAAACUGCUUAUUCAGACUAUCAUAUAUCAGUCUUAAAUAUUCUGCUAGAAAUUUAUUUACAUCAGCCCCCUCCCUUUUUUCCACCAUGGAACUCGCCAUACAUGGGUUCCUAUAUCGUCUCCUCCUCAAGAUGCUGAUCAGAAGCAAACAGACUUGGCUUCAGUGAGGUUUCUGCAUCAUGCGCCUUCAGAUCAUUGUUUUCUGACAGGGCUAGAAAGAAACUCUUAAAAGGCCAAGUGCAAGCUCAGCUCUUCUUUUUUUUUUUAAUAAUAUUUAUUAAGAGUUUAAGAAUUAAAGAAUAAGAAACAGAAAAAAUAAACAGUACAAAUCAACACAUUACAAUACAUAUACAUAAAAAAGCAAAGCAUAAAAAACACAAUACAUCAAAACAAAAACAGAAACAAUUAAAAACAUAUCCAAUAUUUCCAUAUCUUUAUCUUUCAUUAACUUGUUUCAUCGACCUCCUCACACCUCCCUUUUUGUAUUCUAGUUAUUAAUUGUUUCAGCAAAUCCUUUCCAUCUUUCACUAUUUUCUAUCAUAUAAUUAUCAUAAUUUAUUUUAACCUUAUCUUACUAUUAAUACCCUAAAACUUAUUUAUACUUAACUCCUUAUAACAUUUCUACUAAAGCCGUAUAAUUUCAUUCCAACAUUUUUCUAACACUCAUUAAUUUUACAACAUUUCUCUAAAUAAAAUUAAAUUAAAAUUCUAAUCCUCUUCCACCGUCUCCUCUCCCUGGUCUCGGAUUCUGUCAGCCCUUUCUAUCAAUACCAUAUAGUCCAUUAACCUGGUGACCUUCUAUCCAAGGCUCUUAACUCUCUUCCCUGUCCCUUCUGCAGAUCUUCUUCAUAUAUAUCCAUGCAUAUUGCUUUGUCUUCUGCUGAUCUUGGUCUUAAUUUCCUUCCUUUGGCACUGAGGAGUAGAUCUCGGGGGAGCUCCAACCUAGCAAUGUCUUUAUUCCUUCUCAACAGGUCAGCCCAUUCUCCAUAGUCAGAAUUAAAGUCCAAAAGAUAUUUCAGAGCGCCACUCUCCCCCUGACCCAAAUCCCAAUCCCAAAGGCCAAAGCAUCCCUGCAUAGGAGGAUCUAUCCAACUUUCCUUCUCCAAUCCAAGCAGGGUUUCAUCCAACCAAAUCUGACUUUCUCUAGAUUCAGUCAUAAAAGGCAACAGCUUAUUUUCAUCAAAUUGCCUCCGGGAGGCCGGAGCUCCCUCCACUUGAAUUACUUGAGAUUCAACAACAACUUUCUCCUUCAUCUUCUCCACAGCUUGCCAUAUCAAAACAGAUUCCUGGGUCAAUUCCUGAGUAAUUUCUGUAUAAGUAUUCCCUUUUUGACCCAACUCGGCCGUUUUCCCCCCCAAGUUGUCAAUUUUAGUAAUCCUCACAUCCGUCUUCUCAUGAAGCUGUUCCAAUAAAGCACUUGUCUUGCAAAAUGCAAUCACUAGGGCUUCUGUCAACAUUCUUGUCCAAGGUCAAACUCUAGUUCUCACACUCUUUAAUCUCUGCAGCUGGAAAAUUCCCCAGCUCCACUCCUGCAACAGUUCCAAAAGCUCCCUCUAAAGGAAACAAUUUCUAUUUGUAUCCAUCCUUUUAAGGACAGAUCCAGCCACCGGGCUAGUUUCAAUUUUCAGUUACUUUUUUUCCUCCUUUUUAAAUGUAAAAGGAAACAAUUGAAACAGUGUAUUACUCUUACUUAACUAUCUGUCAACAUCGUUUUGUUCUCAGUCAAUGAAGCAUUAAUCUUACUGACAGUCCAUUCCCAGGUUCGAAACGGUGAUGAUUUAUCUUUCUUCACUCUCUCUCCUGCAGGCUUAAACAAUAAAAUUUCCCCCCUCUUCUCCUGCUUCCAAGGGGGGGUUUAGUUAUUUUAACCGAUGGAGAUUUAAUCCUUCACAUAAAACUGUCCAGGCUUUAGCUUGCAACGUCUUUGCUUUACUCUGUUUACAAGAAAGGAAGGCGGACUUCCUGUUUGAGACCUUCCCGUUUCGAUGCCAAAUUAAAAAGUUUAGAAAUCCAAUUUUCCGUUCUACUCACGGGUAGUUGUUUAGAGUCCAAUUGUCCACAGGAAAAAGUCAGCGCUCUCCAGCAACAGCAAUGCGGCUUCACUCUGUGAAAGAAGCAGUCGAUUCAAAGCACCGCGCCGCUCACCCCACGUCGCUCCGGAUCCCCGAAACCAGGUUUCCCCGCGAGUAGGGGAGGCGCAAAAGGUGCCAGCCGAAUCCCACGUCCACAGGCUUCUCCCGCCUGUGGUUUUUAAUGGGUCUCCGCCUCGCCGUGGCGGUUCAGACCCUGUUUUCCACGGAGCGGAUUCCUCCCGAUCAGAGGAAAUCCGCCAUUGCCAGAGGCGCCAACCCGGAAGUCCCAAGCUCAGCUCUUCAGGUGGUAAAACAGUGGCCCUCUUCACAGGCUAGCAACAGUGCUGUGUGUUUCCUUACAAUGAUGCUCUGUGCGGAGCCUCCAGGUAGCACGAAUGCUGGGAGAGCCAGGCUACAUGGCUUUGAUUUUCUGCAUGGAACAACUGAUACACCAGUAAUACAUAAGUAUAUUUGUGUUCUUACUCUCCUAGCCCAUGAAGCAAAAUGUCCUACCAUCACAACCAUCCUUCAUAAGCUGCAAGCAAGAUUUUCAUCAAGGAUUAACUUUAAACCUUUUAUUAUUCCAUAAAAUUCAUAUGCCACUUGAUGGUUAAAACACCUCAAAGCAGUUUCCAAAACUUCCGUUUCAAAGUUUUUUACAGAUGAAGCAGAGAAAGAGCCUAACUUUUUGACAUAAGAAAACAGCACAGCACAGCCAGUGGCUAACCUCUGACAAACUGUUGCAGUUGUCUUAAAAUUUAUGAUUGCUGAUUUUACCACCUUAUCAUUUUUACUCUGCCACUUUUUUUGCUUGUCUAAUAGGCCUGUUCUUCAUGGCAAACUGAUUUCAAACUGUAAAUAUGACUAGAUUUUCAAAAGCUUCAUAGAAUGCAGGUCUGCUGUUCAAAGGAAGAAGGCAAAUUGUACUGGGCAUAUCCAAGUCUUAUGGAUCCUGACUUUCAGUAACACGUUAAUAUUUGAAAACAAAAUAUAGAGGCUCAAUUCACCCAUUUAUGUAGCAGCCACUCAAUGGGAAGCCAAAGCAAUCCUAGCUAUGUGGCAGGUGUACUUUUAUGAUAUACACAUUCACUGUAUUCACAAUUUACAUUAUUGGAUUGCAUUGCAUUUUUUUUAAAAAAAGAUUGCACGUAGUCCUAAAUAAGUCAUCUUUACUAUGUCUCAGAGGCUGUUGUUGGAAGAAAUGCUAUAUUUCCCUCAAAUUUUCUGUGUUUCAAAAUAGACUCUCUGCAUGCAGCCUGAAAUUGAUUUCCAUUGAUAGACUCAAUGAAUCUGAUUGAGUUUAUCUUUGAAUUGUCAAAAGGUGUCUAGAACUAAGUCUAAUAAUUUAUCAGAAUUGCAGUUUGGAAAAAAAUGCAAUCAAAUUUCUGAACUAUUUUUUUUUUUUUUUAGAAUAAGGUUUUUCCCCAGAACAGAUGCUUAUAUGCCUGUGCCAAGAAUGGAUUCAGGCCACAACACAGUUUACAUACUAUCCUAAUUUAUUCUAGUAUCAACAUGAGCCUAAAGAAGAGGAACACAAGAACAUUCGGUCAGCUUUUCUUGAGAUGUAUGCAUUGUAAUUGGUUCUGCGAGGCUGCUAUCUUUUGCAUCCUGAUCUAUGGGACUUGUUUCUGAAUAUACACAUAUAGACUUGCACUGGAAAACCUUGCAUAUUUUGAACACGUUUCAAGCAAGUCACAUGGAAAUACCUGCACUUAUAAUUAAUAAUAUUAUCCCUGGAUGCAAAUCAUACCUGAAAUGUAUUUGAAUUUUCUUUCUGUGGAUUGACACUGCUUUCAAUUUUUUCUCUGGCUGUGUUGAUCAUUCUUAAUUUAUCAUAUUUAUUUUAUCAGGGCUUUUCUGUAGUACUUUGUUUCCUAGCCUGGAUUAAUAUUAGUAAGCAGUAAGAAUAAUUAAGAAGGUAACUCAGACUACGAGCAGGGAGCAAAGCUGGUUACAUCUAGAUCCACAAGUUCACCUUUAAUUAUAGCUUUUUGUUUUUACAUAAAGCAGCUUUUUAGUUGCUUCAGAUACACAGCUGCUAAUUCAUUUUCUUUUCAAGGAUCCAAAUAUAACUUUCCUGACAUGUUAAAAGCAAAAAAAAAGUAUCCAAAUCUCUGAUGGAGGAUUUUCUCUCUGCAUCUUCUUCCCUAACCAUUGUCAUUCCACUCAAAUUUGCCAUGAUCUCUUUAGUAAUUCUUCAUUUCCUGAGACGGCAGACUUUCUAUCACAAAAUAAAUAUAAAUAAUAUAUUCUUGUUUCUUACUUUUUGUGCUUCUUACUUUUCACCACGUUGAAUUCUGCUCUGGGCAGCUCCUUCAGGAACAACAUGGGAGGUGGGAGGUGACUUAGUGCGGGAAGGAGGUAUAUAUAUUUUUAAAAGCCCCAAUGUGUAAGCAGAAAAUGGUACAGCCAUUUAAGUCCUGACUUAUUUAGCUAAAUAUUAGAAGCCAUGUCUGGCAAAUCUAGCCUCAAAUACAUUUCUGUAGUAACAAAGAGAUGGAACCAAUAUAAUGUUGAACAAAAGGAACUUGCAUCUUCUCUUUGUUAACAAUGAUCUAUAGACUUGAUGCUAAGAUAUUGGUUAGUUUGUAAUCAAACUCCUGCUGCCUUUUAAGUUUUACAGAAUAGCUUUAAUAAGGGGGUGGGAUUUGUUAGCAAAACAGCACCUCUGUCUUCAGGGCUUAAAAUAAGGUAUCUUAACUAGUCAGUGAACUUUAGUCUCAUAUUUCUCAAACAGUAGCUUCCCAUGCCUCCUGGCAGACUCUUUUAGGAGCUGAAAAGAAUUUCAAAAGCAGCUUGUAAUACAGGUUUUACUGUUUGGGGGUGGGGCCAAAAAUCCACAAGGCAACUGCUAGCCAUUGCAAGAUGGAGCUGUGCUGCUCCUGUUUCUUGUUCCCAGAAUCUGAUAAUUAGAAUACAGAUAAGAUGGUUCAGUUUAGUUAUCACGACAUUGGUAGGUGCAUCCUUCAUUCUUUUUUCAUAAGUUGUCUGAAGUCUAUCACUAACUCUAGUGAUGCAUUAAAAAAUGAACACUAAAAAAACAAUGCUACAUUUGGUUGUUCUACGGUGGCUGUAAUAUGCAGAAAUCUUUUCUCCCCCACACAAAGCUUUUUAACAGUGAGCCAUGAUUAAAUUAGGAAGUGUUCAGUGGAGCAAGCCAAGUUAAAAUUUGGUUUAUGACCCUGGUUUGUUUGAAAGCUGGUAACCAUAGUUUCCUGUUUUGGAUGAAGUGGGAAGCAGUGGCUGAAGACUUCUUGAUUUAAUCAUGGCUCACUGUAAAAGGAUUGUGCGUACUGGCAGAAAUCUCAAAUCAUCCAAACCAGGUCAUUGUGCCACAAGCAUUUUUAAACAGUGGAAUGAGACAGAUUUCUUAUUCCACUGUUUGAAACAAGAUAUGAGAAAGUGGAAAUAGAAAAGUUUUCAUAUAUAAUGACAUAAAAGCUGACAUGUUUAUAAAGACCAAAAGAAUUCAAUGGUAAAAAUAGCAUACCCUCAUUUAUGCUUCAACUAAAUAUUAGUGUAAUAUAUGUUCAUAAGAAAUACAUUUGUACUGGCCUCAGCUAUGGUUGUAAAAUGAAAAUUUUGGGGUGUAUAAGGGUAUAUUGUAUAAUCACACUGAGGCUUACAAGCCUGUUAGACACAAAGGGACUUCUGUAAUUUGAGACACUGUGUGUCUUAAAACAGUGUCUUGCUAUGCUCUUGCACAAUUACCAUUCAUGUCAAUGGCCUGUUGUCUUCCACCUUGUUUCAGAGAGAGAGAGAUAAGAAAAUAGUGAAUAUCUUUUUGUGCCCCUGUAAAUUGGAUGCAAGAGAGUUAGAAUUUAUGCUUCCUUGAGUUAUUUUCUUUUUUCACAUCUUAAUUCAGCCUCUCUUGCUCAAGAAUGAGCAAGGAUUUAAUUUAAAAUGGACAAUUGAAAUCUAAGGCUUUUCUACUUUCUCUGUUGAAAACAUUCAGCAUGGAAAAUGUCACAAGGAAAGACAUGCAAGUUUUGGGCCUUUACAGCUCAUUUGUAGGAAGAAAUGUGCAGCUGGUGAUUGUGUGGUGGACAAAUACUUGUUACUGGGGAAAGCCUAUUCUUCCCCCAGCUAGCAAUGAAAUUGAGAAUACAGUGUGGAAGAUAUGUUAACUGGUGUCAUUGGUACAAAACAGUGCCUACCUGUCCAAUGAGUGAUAGAAAUCUCUGGUGCUCUACAUGCACCAUUUUAUAAACUGUUUUUAAGUUUAAUUCUUAGUUUUGUUUUUAAAAGAUUAAUGGCAGAGGAUGAGUAUUCUGUGGCUAUAUCACUAUAGCAGGGAGUCAUUCAUCUAGCGUCUAGAACAGUGGUUCCCAACCUUUUUUUUUGGUCAUGACCCACAUAAGCAUCUCUAAAAUUCUGACCCCCCCCCCCAGUACAUAUAAUUCUUCUUAUUCAAAAAGCGAACUCCUAUUCACGUGGAGGAAGCCUAAAAGGCCAUUCACUGUUAAUAACUCAUUCUCGAGUUGCCCCCCUUAAAAAUCAAAUUGCCCUCCGUGGGGCGUGGGCCCCAUGUUGGGAACCAUGGGUCUAGAACAUAGAACAUGCAAAGUGUCACAGGAUCAGUCCCCAGCAUCUUCAGCGUCUUGCUACAAACAUGGGAAACUAAUGCCAGUCAAUGUGUGUUCUGAUUCUGUAUAGGGUAGAUUCUUGUGCUCUAAUCCCACAUGCAAACUGGAGACAUCAUCGAAGUUCUUCCUUCCUUCCACAGCAACACCCUUCCAUUUAAUGAACCUUUUGCUAUUUCUCUUCUCCUUGUCUCUCAAGGAUAAGCACUCUUCCCUUCUGAUGUUGGAUUAGACAUCUACCCUUGUAAGCAAUUUAGUGAACAGGGUUAUGCUAUGCAGCACCCCACAGUGAAGCUAAAACAUUUCCUUCCAUUAUAAGUGGGAUAUUCUUUCAUGUGCUGGAUCAGGAGCAGCAAGAGUUUAGUGUUACCUUGUAAAUACCCUCUAGUGGAUGGUAGCCUGCUCCCCACCCCAAAUUACUAGCCUAUGGUAGGCUGGCAGAAAAGGUGCAGAGAGCUGUAUUUCAAUGCUGGGCAUGGAUGAAGGGGCUUCCCUCCUCUAGCAGCCCUCUUGGCUACUAUACUGAGCUCAGCGGACGAAUGGGGCACUCUGUGUUUCAACUGAUGGACUCAACCUUCAUGCAGUUCCUGGUCAGCUGUGGUUGCCAGGGAAGUGUUCAGAUGCAAUAAUGAUUUAGUGCUAAGGGAGAAAAAAGUCUUACUGUCUGGAAAGGCUCAAUAGAGGCUUUGCAGCCCCUCUUGGUUUUGUGCCAGCUUUACCCGUCAGUGGUAGUACAGACAGAAGCACCCCACAUGUCUGGACUAUGAUGAUCAGAAGAACUGACACAGUGCACCUGCUGAUUCUGAAUAUUGCAGCCCUGUAGAUGUACUUUAGAAAUCAGAUAUGUAAAGCAAUAUAAACUUACCAACUCAGGGGGAUCUUUGCAGACUGAGUUGGAAUGCAGAGACAUGGGUGAAAAAAUACAAGCACUUACAGUGACUUUGAACAUUUCAUUGCUGAUCAGCAACAGGCUGCAUAAGUUCCUAGUGCUUCAUAUUCAUUUACAACAGGGGUUGUCAACCUGGUCCCUACCACCCACUAGUGGGCAUUUCAGGAUUCUAGGUGGGCGGUAGGGGGUUCUACAGCACAAGCUGAAUCCUCCUUCCAUCAAACACUGGUGGGCGGUAAGGAAAUUUUAACAUCAAGAAAGAUGCAUUAGUGGGCGGUAGGUAUAAAAAGGUUGACUACCCCUGAUUUACAGCUAUGUUCCUUCUACAAUGUAGCCUUUGCUUCAGAGAGUGCAGGCUUCAUUGCAGAACCUUUGUUUCAGAUGUGACAUUGCACAAAUGCCGGAGACUUGGGCACCCCAUUCUUGCCUAAGUAAUAUCCAAGUUGCUCUUAGACUGGGUUUCAGUCCCCAUGGUCUGCUUUUGAGUCCUGAUUCUAAAUUAUUAUAAUUUAGUGCUUGGAAGCAAAUAAGGAGAGAUUCCUCUCUUCCGAAGAGACAGUAUUGGAAUUGUGGCUAAAUUGGACAGUGCAGAGCAGUGUGUUAUUGUUCACCUGUACUGUGGAAUGGAAGCCCACAACUGCAGGGUGCAUGCGACCCUCACUAUAUAUUAUGUACCUUGUUUGGAAGCUUAUCACUAAUAUGACCACAGUGUCACCUGGAGAAAAAACAAAGCACCCAAAUAGUGGCUUUCAAAUUUUGUUUCUUCAGGGAAUCCAUUCCAUGAACAUUUGUCUGCUAAGAAAAUCCCAUCUGUUGGAAACUUAACACCAGCUAGGCCUUUUAGACAUAAUCACAGUUGUGAUUAUGACGACUGAAAUUAUGCUCUGCAGCUGGGGAAAAUCUGUAAUGGAAAACCUACUUCAUGGAGGAAACCAUUCAGAACAAUCACUCUGUUCUUUGGAAACAAAGUUUGAAAACUACUGCAGGAGGACAGAGUGCUCUUGAACUCUGGUCCUACCUUCCAGCUUCCUACUGGCAUCUGGUUGGCCACCGUGAGAACAGGAUGCUGGACUUGAUGGGCCACCGGCUUGAUGCAGCAGGCUCUUGUGUUCUUACUGCCAUAAAUGGGUGCCCUGUAAGCUUUAGGUAAAGCAUUCAUUUUUUACAAGCUUCGAUGGCUGCUUGUGCAAGAAGUAUUGCAUCAAACACAUAGCUAGACAUACAUAAAUGUUAUCAAAACCAACUCCAUACCAAAUGAAAUGCACAUAAAGGGUUUUUCGUAUGUAACGGUAAAUGGUUUAUGUCUUGUUCGUAAGAAGAGUUCCAGUUGUUUCAGGGAAAGUAGUAUUAUCCUUUAAAAAGGUGGUGGUGCGGGAUUCAUCAAGUUGAAGAAUAUUUUGCAGUUAAUGAUGAAAUGGAGGUCCUAGAACACCAAACCUACUGACACUAGAUCAGGGUGCAGAACCCUCACCCCAAGGACUACAUUCUCACAGGCAAUCUCUGGAGGUGGCAGGCCAGUCCUCGGAGGGGCAGUGGGGAGAGGCAAAAGUGUGUGGGGCAACAAAUGAAAUUCUUAACUUUGUGCAGUAGGCUACGCAUCAGCCACACCCAAGCCAGGAAUGCAUACACACACCUAAACUAUUAGUCGUAAUUGAAGGACACAUUCCAGGCAAAAGCACUUGAGGAGGGUUAGCUGAGCAGUGUCUGUGUGGGGAGGAGCCCAAAGGAGUCUUAAGAGAGCACGAGCUGCAGGUUCCCUAUCCUGACUUAAAUAAUAAUGUAGAAUGCUUUUACUUCUUUAGUGCAAGAUUGACCUAACCGUUUGAGUUUUGUUUGUUUUACAGAUAAAAGCAAAAAACUAUGACAAAGUAGAAAAGGUGAGUGUAUAAGUAUGGCCUAUAUUUUAAAUAGAUUUGGAAGGAAGAAUAAAUACAUGGAUCAUCUAUUCUCCUUUGUUAAGUGAUGUGGAGAAGUCAGUCUUAAGCUUGCAAACAGCUAAUUUGUGCUAGCAUUUGCCUUGGAAAUUAAGUAUAAAGUGUCUGCCACUUUGUGGCAAAAGGCAAGAAACUUGGAAAGAGGAAGAGAUACACACCCCUUCCCAUUUCUAACAUCUGCUUGAAAACCCAUUUUCCACAAGAAGGUUUUGGGGCGAUGGCCUAGUGGCGGCUCCCACAUGAGUACCUCAAAAAGAGGUUGGGCCGCCCCAGCCUUGUGACUUCAAAAGCACUUACAUGGUGGUGCCAUUUGUGAGAACCACAUGGCGUUCUCUGCCCUCCAUAUGGGUACUGUCUAUGUGACCACCACAGUUAAUGCAAUCUGGCAAGUCUUUUUCAAGAUACUACACCAGGCAUCCCCAACCUGUGGCCCUCCAGAUGUUUUGGCCAACUCCCAUGAUCCCUAGCUAACAGGACCAGUGGUCAGGGAUGAUGGGGAUUGUAGUCAAAAACAUUGGAGGGCUUAAGGUUGGGGGUGCCUGUACUACACUCAUGCAAAUUGUAGCAACUACACAAACAUUUCCCACAUGGAGAUGCCAGACACUGCCUCUGUGUGAGUGAUGCCAGUCUGCGAGCUCACAAUCUUGUGGCACUCAUAAGGGAACUACCAUUAAGUAUGAAUUGAGUCUGUAUUUUUGUCCUCGUGAAGGGAAGGGACAUUCCACAGUGGGGGUGCCACCUUUGAAAAGGCCAUUUCAUUCACUGUAUCACAUGAGGCUGCUUCACUCACUUGGCGAGGGGCAUUCUGGGAAAGGUCUCUGAAGAAGAUUAUAGGAUCCAGGCAGGUAAGAAUGGGUGGAGGGAAUCCCUCAGGUAACCAGGGCCCAAGCCACUUAGGACCUCAAAGUUUUACAGCAGUGUUAUGAAUCAAGCCUGGAAAUGGACUGGAAGCUAGUGUAGAUGGCAAAGUACUGGCAUAGUAUAAUCAGAGUCACCAAUCCCAGUUCAUAAUCUUGCUGCCCUAUAUUGGACCAGCAGAAUUUUUCAAGGCAGCCUCACAUAUUGCAGUAGUCCAAAUGGGAGGUUACCAAAGCACAGCUGUCUGUCUAGGUAAGAUUGCAGUUGAUAUGUCACCUUCAGCUGAUAAAAGGCACUCUGUGCCACUGAGGCCACCUCUGCGUUCAGUGACAUGAUAGACCUAGGAGCAGCCCAAACUACAAGCCUCGGAAGCUUUCUUCCUUUCCAAUCCUGGUUUGAGUUCAAGAUGGGGUUGCAAAAGUUUCUACCACAGGCUUUUUCUGCACUCAGAGUCAGGAGCUCUGUUCUGGAGCUCACAAGUGAAGCCAAUCCCAGUUGAGCUUGCAUUUAUUAUGAAAUUUUUAAAGCACCACUUACCAAAGAACAAUUGGGAACACACUUUUAAGGCUCCUGAUCAUUCCUUUGCAGCAGCAGUUUUACCUGCCUCAAUCCCUGCUUUAGGGGGAGUACAACUCUCUCCAGAACAGGUUUAAAACCACUCAGAUAAAUGGAUGAACCACUUAGUAAAGUCAUUCCUCCUUGUAUGCUCAUCUGCUGUUAUGCUCAUAUUUCCCAGUCCCACUUAGUCCUUUCAGCUGUGAUCCAAAGUUUAUUUACUGCUCCUACACACAGUAAUUCAGAGGUUUUCAGGGCAUGUAUCUGUGCUUCAAUAUGUGUAAAGUGGCAAUGUCAAAACAGAGGUACACCACUAUGCCAAACAGAGGGUGCAUGUAUUGCAAGGUUCUCGUACAGGAUGGAUGCAUUUCACAGUUCUGACAGCAUCCUUGCCUUUACAUUAAGACUUGGCUGUUAUUCCUGAGUCUGUGCCUGUCUGUUUUAAAAGGAAUGCAGACUGAACCUUAGUUUGUUUGUUCAAGCUCCCAAGUGCCUCCUGAUGUCUAUUCAUGGAUUCCUGUUGUUGUUUUUCUUCAAUGUGACUAGCUGUUUCAGAGGUGCCUUAUGAAAGUUUUACACAUUGACUUAUGGAAGUGCUACCUUUCGUAUGUGCGAGAAACCAAAGGGAAGCUACCUAGUUAUAAGUAAGUAAAUGCUGUUUGUGUUAGCUUCUUUUUUUAUUGCAAUCUAAUUCCUUUUUCAGUUAAGGAUGCUGAAGCAGGAUCACAGUCUCCCAAGUUAGCUUCUGAUUUAAAGUAAUAAUUAGACAACUACUGCCCAUAGACUUGCCCAUGUAGCAAGGUGAAGCAACCUCCACCAAGACAGGGGUUGGUAAAGGAAGGAACUGAUGCCUGAAAGGUUCAGCAAGACAUUUAAAAGUGUUGGCUCCAGUGGGGGUCACAUGGGGACACCCAACAUAGAAUGUUGUCCUAGAUGGCCUAGUGCCAUAAAUUCGGGUCAGCACUGACGCCUACAUGGUGUUCUUUGUCAUUGUAUAUAUGCCUCUUGAUUCCUUCCAGUUGAUUAUUAAACUUCAUUUGCCAACAAAGUGGCACUUCUGAAGCAGCCUUAUACAAGAUACCAGAAGGAUCUGUUGCUUUUUCCCACUGAUCUACUAAUCCAAAGAAGGUGUGAUCGUCACAGCUGUUUCUGAUUCCCCUCCCACUGACAAGUUCUGUUUAUUUGAUUUAGUUAUGAAAUUUCUAGGCUGCUCUUCAUCACACACAGCAAUUACAGGGCAAGUUCUCAAAUAAUAUAAAAUUACAUCAUAAACCUAAAACAGCAAUAAAAUACAAUCACUAAGAGGCCAAUUAUCAGUAAAACAUAGCCAGUGCAGGAUAAACCUGAGACUUUGGGUAAUCUCUGCUAAUUUCCUCCCAAAGCCAGGAAGUACAAGUAUGCUUUCACUUGGCACUAGAAACCUAACUAAGUUCUUACCAUCUGCACUUUCAGGGAGAGAAUUCUAUAGUCAGAGCAACACAGUGCCACAACAAACCAUGCCUGGUGCCAUUUUUAUUUACUCUUUUAAGUAUUUCUUCCAAUCACAUCCCAUGUAAGAAGCUUAACAACAAUAAGGGUUGUACAACUAAAAACAAAACCAGUUAUUUAGAAUCCUGUGCCAACUGUGUAAACCCAGAGAAAGAACAAUAAGAGCAACAUUUACAGGAUAGCAUCCCCUCAUAUAAACAGGCAUGUAUUGCGUUUCUUUCAAAAUAUUAAAAGGAUGAUGAGGAACCAUUAGUGAGCUUUAGUUAAGUCAACCAGCUACAAAUCCACCUAACACUUACCUCAUUCAGCUUCUCCACAAGAAUAUCAUGGGGGACUAUCAAAAGCCUUACUGAAAUCAAGAUACACUACGUCCACAGUAUUCCCCUGAUCCACCAAGUGAAAUGAGAUUCAUCUGGCAUCCUUUUCUAAGUCCUCACAGACCAACCAUUAUCUGUUCUAGGACCUCAAGCUGACCAGUCAGUAGUUACCUGGGUCUUCUCUCACCCCUGGAGAUUUGAAUUCUUCUAAAAUAGCUAGAUGCUCCCUUACCACCUCUUUUUUAUCUUAGACUGCAGCUCCCUCCUUGCAUAAUUUGUUCUGUUAUCACUAGGCUGGGCACUGCUUAUUAAGAUUGUAGUUUAAAACUGUAAUUUUUGUAAUUUUAAUAGUAAUUUUACUAUGUGGCUCUAAUAGUGUAUGUGUUUUCCUCCAGAGAAAAAAUGGCUCAGGCAUAUGACUUUGCUCUGGAUAAAAUUGGCAUGGAAAUAAUGUCUUACCAGGUAUGUUUCUUUUCUCAUUAAAUAUUUUUUAGUGGUGUUUGAUUAUAGCUACAAACUAAAUGUUUACUGCUCUGAUUCUAUAUAUUUUUACCUUAGAUCUGGGUGGAUUACAUCAAUUUUUUGAAAGGCGUGUAAGUACAAAAAUCUGCCUUCUGUCUUAAUUAAUGCAGUGUUAAUAUUCGUACAGGUUGCAGUAUGUAAUUGGUGGUAUGUUACUGUCUUGCCUCACAAUUUAGUGAAGCAGUAGGAUCCUAUGCAGAAAACCAGAGGAUAACUGCUGUGCGCAGGGUAUAUCAACGGGGCUGUGUGAACCCAAUGAUCAACAUCGAGCAACUCUGGCGAGAUUAUAACAAAUAUGAAGAGGUAAAUAAAAAGAUGCCUGAUGUUCAAACAAGAUUUAGCUAUUUUCCUCGACCUGCAGCAGUGAGGUUACUUGAAUAGGCUCUCUGCAAGCCCCUUUCUAUUGCAAGUGUAGACCUCUGAAAAACAUUGUGAAGGGUGGACAGAAGGAGCAGGACAAUAAAGUCUUUUUCUGUAAGCAGCACAAACCUGCCUCUCAAACUUGCUGGGACUUUUUGUUUGUUUGCCAGUACACUUUUGCCCCAAUUCUAGGUGGAUGAGGCUACUUCCAUUGCCUUAAGGAUACUGGGUCCUCCAACCAUCUUUAGAUUCUUCAUCUGAUGGUGUUCUUUGUACAGUGGGAAGGACCAUCUCCCAGCACCAGGAACAAGAGAACGAGGAGCUCCAGUGCACUGACUUGAGAGACCUGUGCCUAUCAUUUCAUGGAUACUUUAGUUGGGAUUCCUGCAUUGCGGGGGGUUGGACUAGAUGAUCCUUGGCAUCUCUUCCAACUAUAAAAUUCUAUGAUUGUAUAUGCUUAAUACCACUGGGCUGCAGAACAUAGGAUUGUCUCCUACUGAAACAGCAACUUUACCCUCCUUGAGCAGGACCCUAAUCCAAAUGACAAGUGUUUUCCCAUUUUGUCUAGCAGAAUAAAAUUGUAGAAUAAAAUUGUACAUAACAUAAUAACAAUAACCCCUCCACACACAUUGUUGAAAAGGUCAUAGAUUGCUUAAUCAGCCAAAGGCCUGGGAGAAGAAGAAUUGUUUCCAGCAUGUGCCUAAAGAUAUGUAAUGAAGGUGCCAGGCAAGCCUUUGUGGGGACAGCAUCCCAAAAACGGGAGCCACUGCAGAAAAAGCCUGUUCUCAAGUACCAUCCGCCAGACCUCUUGUGGAGGAAGCACACAAAGAAGGGCCUCAGGUGAUGAUUGCAAGGACUGGGUCAGUUCAUAUGGGUAGAGACAGUCCUUGAGGUAUUCUGGUCUUGAGCCAUUUAAGGCAGGCUUCCUUAAACUUGACCCUCCAGAUGUUUUGAGACUACAAUUCCCAUCAUCCCUGACCACUGGUCCUGCUAGCUAGAGUUGUAGGCCAAAAAACAUGGAGGGCCGCGUUUGAGGAAGCCUGAUUUAAGGCUUUAUAGGUCAAAACAAGCACUUUGAAUUGGGCCCGGAAACCAAUUGGCAGCUAGUGUGGUCGGGCCAGGAUUGGUGCUAUAAAUAAAAAAGCCCAAACGCUUAGAAGAUAAAGCAAUUAAAACAAUUAAAACAAUCAGAGUAAGGCCAACUCCACAGCAGACAGCAUUAAGGGGGCAGCCUUUGCCUUUGCUCUCCCACUGAAGUGGCUCUUCCCAAAGGGAGCCCAGCUUUUAUUCCACCAGCCCAGCUAAAUGCCCAUCUAGGAGUGAAGUUUUGGGUGUUUCUGGGAGCUGCCAAGUCAGGGCUUCUGGAGGCAAAGCUCAGGAGUCCCCCUGGGAAGCAGGCAGCUAGUUCCCCCUUCGAUGUUCCUGGGAGUCCUCCCUUUCUCACAUGGGUGCUGUGCAUCCAGAAACCCCCACAGCAGCCCAGCUUUUAUUUCACCACUUAUUUGGGGACAAGUACGAAGUGACAGCUUUCCAGUGCAAUUCUAUGUUGAUUAAUGCUAUCUAAGUCUCAGUGAGUUCCAUGAUGCUUACAAAUGAGGCAGCAUGCAUGGGAUUGCAAGCCUGGUCCUGAGCAGGGCUUCACUUCUUGUUUUCUGUCUUCCAGGGAAUAAACAUCCACUUAGCUAAGAAAAUGAUUGAAGAUCGCAGUAGAGAUUAUAUGAACGCUAGACGUGUGGCUAAGGUACAGGCUCCCGGUUGUUUUGUUCCCCUUUUGUCUUGAUUUAAUACAGCAUGGAUAUUUGUUGCAUGCUUGAGCUGCAGCCGAUUACUAAGUGGAGUUGAUAAAGAGUAACUUUAAUAUAAAGUUUUGUUUCGAAGCCCACCUUAAUGAAACCUCUUCUCUGUUCCUUUCUGUCUCUUCAGGAAUAUGAAACUGUGAUGAAAGGUCUGGACCGCAAUGCUCCUUCAGUCCCACCCCAAAAUACUCCCCAAGAAGCUCAGCAGGUAGACAUGUGGAAGAAGUAUAUUCAGUGGGAAAAGAGCAACCCUCUACGUACUGAAGACCAAACCCUUAUAACAAAGAGAGGUGACUGUACAUUUUUGUUGUGCUCCUUAGAAAUAGUGCAAAGAUCACCAUAGUAAUUAAGUUGUGCUGAUGUUACUUUGGGGUGCAGGACUCUUACAAAAUAUACAAACCUAGCUGCCUGGACUGUGUACUUAAAUCCCAUUUAUUGCAGUGGGCUUCGUUGCACUUUGCUUUUCUCCAGAAAGAAAAGUUUCUACUUAUAUAUUCCUAGCACUCCAUAGGUAGAUAAUUUGCAAAAGGAACCUGUUGGUGCCUCUUGAAACAGUAGACAUAAGCUCUCAUGGCUCAGGGUGCAAAAACAUUUGAAAUCUUAUAAAGAGAACAUCACGUUGGUCCUUUUGCCAUUCAAGGGCAUGUAUAAUGAGACUUUCCUGUGAGGACAGAGCUCAGUUUUUUUUGACCACCAACAGUUUCAAAGUCAGCAUUUUAUUAGCUCGAGAGGAGUCGGGAAUUAUAUGUCUGGAAAUCUCUAAAGAUGUUGAUAGGGCAUAGAAUUGAAGAGGGCGGCUCUUGAGAUCAUGUGGCUGGCUCUUUAAGAGACCUGCAUUGUUAGUUACAUUUGUGAAUCAUUGGCAGAAAUGCAUCAGUGAUUCAACUUGUAAGGUACCACCCGCUAGGAAUCUAUCUUGUUUCAAUGUCUUCCCAUAGUGAUGUUUGCAUAUGAACAAUGCCUGUUGGUGCUGGGACAUCAUCCAGAUAUUUGGUAUGAAGCUGCACAAUAUCUCGAGCAAUCCAGCAAACUACUAGCUGAGAAAGGGGUAAGAGAAGACAGUAAGAAAUACUGCAUUUUAUGUACAGCAUUUAAACAUAUCUAUAAUUGGUACUAAACUAAAUAAGUUGAACUUGGGUCCAUUGAGAUCCGUGUGAAGUUAGACAUGAUUAAGGCAAGUCACGAUUUCAGUGACAACUAAAUUCAGCUAAUUUAAUCUGGAUCCAGCCUAUGUUUUCGUUUGUUUGUUUUGUGGGACCUUGUUAUUUGACAAUGAAGUAGUGAAUUCUAUCAAAGUUGUAUGGGAUCAUAUGCAAAAAUAUAUCAUCCCAUUUUUAAAUUGUGGGAGAUCUUUAAAAGAGAAAAUAAAAAUGCCAAGUCCAUAAAAGUAAUUAAGUAUUCUGAAUUUACCAUGUUGCUAAACUAUAUUCAAUUUUUACAAUUAGCCUGUGAAGUGAAAUCACAUGUUUCUAAUAAGAUCCAUUAUUGUAGCUGCUGAGUUCUUGCUACAAGGUAACCCACUUGGGUUUACAAUAUUCCUGUAGAGUUGUUAAUGAGGACAGGACUGAAAACUAUUUUUAUUUUUCAUACUAGUCCUACAGUUAGUUGAUUUUCUCAUAUUUUCUCGAUUCCAGGACAUGAACAAUGCUAAACUGUUUAGUGAUGAAGCUGCAAAUAUUUAUGAACGAGCAAUCAGCACUUUACUAAAAAAGAACAUGCUUCUUUAUUUUGCAUAUGCAGAUUAUGAAGAGGUGAGUCCUUAGGUGACAUUAUUCUUUCAAUCUCCAGUUCAACUAGCUUUUUCUUUCUUGUGCAUAAUCUUGAUUGGAGAACUUAAUCUUGGCAAAUUCAAAUAAUCAGGGCUGGUAAUAAUUUUGAGCAUAAACUAGUUAAACUAAACAUGGGCUUUUUUGUAUUUUCUCAGAGUCGGAUGAAAUAUGAGAAGGUACACAGCAUAUAUAAUCGGCUCUUAGCUAUUGAAGAUAUUGAUCCCACGUUGGUAUGUUUAGUCAUCAUUGUUUCAUCUUGUUGAGAUGACUAUAGAAUAAAACGUUGUGUAUUUCUCUUUGGUCGGUUCCCAAAGUAUUCCAGUUGAAAAUGUAUAGAUAAUGUCAGUCACAUUUUCAAUGUUUGUUAUCAAUUGCCUUUUUUCUUCCAAUUUUUUUUGUACAUUAUUCAGCUGUUUUGCCAUAUCUGUGGUGUAUAAUUUGUGACUCAGUAAAAUUUGAAAGAUUUCAUGUUGUAAUCUGUUUCUAACCUUCCACUUAAUUAAAAAUAAUUAUGAGCAGAACUGUUGUUGACAAUAAGAUUGGCCUUGCUCACAAAUAACAGCAAGCCAAACUUAGGAAUGAGCAAGCAUUCUGUUGCUUAGAGGGGGAAAAGUGUGGCCUCUUUGCACCUCCGCUGGUUCUGCUGCUGUGUCCCUAUUUACAACCAACCAUGGUUUGGCGUAGGAUGGUAUUCAGACCUGGGCUCAUGUUUUGUCUCAUUUGAAACAAAUCACGAGUCACAACUAUGGUUUAGAAGCCAUGACUUUAAUAUGGUGUUGACUUCUAAAAAUAGAGUCACAGCUUAAAGGUGAUCCUACCUUUUCCACCUAUAUGUUUCAGGUAUAUAUUCAGUAUAUGAAGUUUGCAAGGCGAGCAGAGGGCAUAAAAUCAGGCAGGAUGAUAUUUAAGAAGGCACGAGAAGAUGCCCGGACCCGUCAUCAUGUCUAUGUUACAGCUGCUCUGAUGGAGUAUUAUUGCAGCAAGGUAUUAUUGCAACACAGUGAAUGAAACUUUUGCUUCAGCCUCUGGAUUCUUCUGUCUGCAACUAAUAACGUUUUGAAAUCUGCAGGACAAGUCAGUGGCCUUUAAGAUUUUUGAGUUGGGGCUAAAGAAAUAUGGAGACAUUCCAGAAUACGUCUUGGCAUAUAUUGAUUAUCUUUCUCAUCUCAAUGGUAAGUUCUGGGAGCUGGGAUAAUUCAUUACACUGGACUCUGGGGUUACAACUUUUUUCCAAGACAAAAACCUUCUUUACCUGAAAUUGAGCAGUUUGUUUGGAAUGGACCUGUGAAAAUUCAGAAUUCAGUUACCACUGAUAUUGGUGGCAUCCCUCCAUAUUAUAUCAUAAGUGAGCAGAUGGGACUUCACUGCUCAUUGUUUUGCAUACUGCUUGCUUUGUCAGGUCUUUAGCCAAUAAUGUGUUGGGGAAAACUGACUUCAAGAGUGUGUAGAUGGAUGUUGAUACAUCGUAAUGUAUAGCUUAUAUGUAGAUAAUUUGUAUAGAAUUGUGGCUAAGAAUGUGAGCUGAGAACCUUCAAUUCAAAUUUCUCCCCACUCAGUGGUAAUUGUAGGCAGGCUGUUAUUUCCCCAGCUCUUCUCUCCAUCAGUAAAAUCAGGAUGAUAGUGGGAGACACCCAACAUUGCACGAGUAGAUUUCUACUCCCCUUGCUCUCCUCUUUCUUGAAGUCAUCCACAAUAUCAAAAUUCUCCUCUGGAGGGUUGGGGGAUGAAAUUAAAAGCAAACACCUGAGAACAGUCAAAUCUCAUGACUGUUCUCCAACUGGGUUAGCUUCGGACUAGUGCUGUGAGGAGUUCCACUUGCUUUUUGGGAAGGUGGGCAGGGCUUUCCUUCUUCCCUCUGCAGCCCACUGAAAACCUGUUCUGGAGGUUUGUAGCAACCUCCAGAGGAACACAGGAGGUAUGGGGCAAAAGGGAAAGAGGCAAUUGGUGAAAAUCAUCACCACCACCUUUCGAGGAACAUUUUUUGUAUGGAUGGAGUCUUGCUGUUUGCAGGCAGUAAACUCAGAUCCAGUCCAUAGACUGUUAAUUUGAGUGAGGACUUCAGAUUGAAAAAUCAGCAGCCUGCAAGAACACAAAGGGCACAAAAAACCAAUGGCCAGUAUUGUCCUAAGCAGCUGCUUCUUGUUUAGUACUUAAGUGUGCUGCUGCUGCCAUCAAUUUUUAAACAGAGUAUUUAAUUCUUAUUUUAUGGUUCUGGUUGUUUUAAUUCAUUUUAGUGUGUGUUUUUAUACCUACCUCUCAGCUGCAGUUAUAAUUUGUGGGUUUGUCUUCUGCAGAGUAGAAGUGAGACUCCCAUAGCUUUUUCUAAAGCAUUUUCUCCAUGUGUCUCUUCUCCCUGAGAUUACUUUAGCAAUAAUGAAAUUGGGGUUGCAAAUUGGGUUUUUCAUCUUUCACAGGAAUUGAAAUUAUGUCAAGAUAUUGUCUCCCCCCCCCCGCCGUAAUUUCCAGUUUUUUAAAAUAUAUAUAUAUAUUUAAAGCUUGUUUUCAUCUUUCUUUUUUAAUAUUUUUUUUUAAAAUAGAAGAUAAUAAUACAAGAGUCCUGUUUGAACGAGUAUUAACCUCAGGGAGCCUCCCACCUGAGAAAUCUGGGUAAGCUUCGCCAAAGCUCCAUUCCAAGUCGUCUGCUUUGCUAUACGUGACAACCCUUGUACAACAUAGAUAUUAUCACAGAUUAAUGAGGGGAUGGUUGUUGCAGCCUGUACUGCCAUUUUCGUCCUAAAUAAGGAGCCAGCUGCUGAGAGAGAGAAGCCAGAGAUUGUAAGAAUUUUCUAUGGAGUUCAUUCCUUGGAUGCCAGAACGUGCUCUCAUCUCCAUUGUGAAGAUAACUGCUAUAUGGAGUGUUGUUGGAAAGUAGAUUUGGCCAAUAUAGAAUAUAGACUCAGAGCACUUGGGGCAUUUUUGCUUGCAUGCAUACACACAGGGGCUCAGAUCUAUACCUCCCUCCUGCUUUCGUUCCAUGUUUACCCACGGAGAUCGUCUCUCUUUGGCAAAUGCCCUCCACAGCCUCAUAGCCAACUCUGUGCUGCCUGAAGCCUAUUCCAGGAAAAGUAGAAUUUGGGAAUUAUGUAAGUGGUAGCUAGACAUUUAUCCGCUGUUACCAUUUUCGUUUGUCAGCAUCAGGUAGUAGUUUCCCCCAGCAACCACGGCUUCCAGUUACAGUGCAGUGUCAUGCGGUUUUUGCAUGCAGCUUUUUUCUUUCUACAUCCUGCCUCUAAGGACUCUCUCUCCUGCACCCUUGGUGCAGAGGGGGCAUGCACACCAACUGGUUGCCGCUUGCUUUCAACCUGAAGCACCUAGCGAGCGGCACCAGCAACAGGGAACCAGUUCCUUUGCCUGGCACUCCUUGCCAGGGCUGCAUGUACAAUGCAUACAGAUGGUGUGCAGGCCCCUUUACCAAUUCCCAGCUGUUUGGCACUGUAAACCACCUAGGAGUGAACCAGUGGGCUCCUUGCAUAGUGUGUGUGUGUGUGUGUGUGUGUGUGUGUGGGAGAGAGAGAGAGAGAGAGAGAGAGAGAGAGAGAGAGAGAGAGAGAGAGAGAGAGAGGAAAGAUCUGUGCGUGUUUCUGUGUCCAUGAGUGGGGAUAAGAUUGGGGAGCAGGAGAGAGGGAGUCCAGACCCUACCUACUAUCAGCAUGCAGCUUAUGAGCCGCUGGUUUGCUGUCCUGGAUGUACACAGACUGGCCAUUGCUGCCUUCUAGGAUGCCCUCUGGGUACAAAGCAGAUGUAUCUGCUAUGGCUUCCGGUUGUAGAAUAAAGACAUGAUAGUUGACUGGCAGCUGCCCACAAUUCCCUUCUCCAUCUGCUAGAAUGGUUUUCUUGCCAACAUAGAAUUGGAUAUCCGGGGUAGCAAGCCACUGGCAAGAGCAGACGAGGGGGUUCCUUAGUCAGUGGACAAGCAGCUGGCUUGCAGUGGAUCGGGCCUGCUGGUUGCUGGUAACUGUUGCAAGUGAUUGCACUUAUUGUAGGCCAUGUCUGCUGAGCAUGUUUUCUUUUGAACAUUUGUUCUCUUUCUGUCUUUUCUUUCACAGAGAGAUAUGGGCCCGAUUUUUAGCUUUUGAAAGUAAUAUUGGUGACCUGGCUAGCAUACUUAAAGUGGAGAAACGGAGAUUUACAGCCUUCAAGGAGGAAUAUGAGGGCAAAGAAACAGCUCUACUAGUAGACAGAUACAAGUUCAUGGAUCUGUACCCCUGCUCUGCCAGUGAACUCAAAGCUCUUGGUUAUAAGGUAUGGAGAUGAUGACAUUCCAGAAUGUUUAGUUGGAGAGGGAAUGCAGUUCCAUAGCAUUGCUACUUGCAUGCCUUCAGUGCUGAUUUAAAAAUGUUAAAAACCCAUAACUCUCCUAAGCCUUUAGAUGUCCAUUCAAGCACAAGCAAAAACACCUUCUCUUUGUUUGGAAUUACUAUUCAUUUCCAUUUCUUUUUUACUGUUUUCGUCACCAUGUAGAAAACAGUUCAUAUUAUUCCACAUUGGUGGCUGUUACCCUAUGAUAAGCUAUUUGUGGGCAGUAGCUCCCAUCACAGAAUCACAGAGUUGGAAGGGAGUUGGGAGAUUAUGCUGUCCAACCCCCUGCUUGAUGAUGGAUAUACAAUGCAGGAUGCAACUACCGCAUCCCUGACAGAUGGCCAUUCAGCCUCUGCUUAAAUAAUCUCCAGCCAAGAAAGUCCCACCACCUCCUGAAGCAGUCUGUUCCACUCUCCACAUGGCAGGUGCGAUUUUCUUUCUCAUGUCGAGAAGAGAAAGGUUGCCAUUUUGGAAAAUCGCACCAUCUGCAUAGUGAGCUGUUGCAAGUAUAUAGUUUAACACUUCAUAGCAGUGCUUGUGUGGAACAAUUUAAACCACCUCCACGUGGUACCUGUAAGGUGAUGUCCAGCUCAACAGAAGAUGUUAAAAAGCCAACAUUAAAUCCAUUCCAAGUUUUACUCCAUUCAGGUUCUAGACUCCUGCCUGCUUUAAAAAGUAUCACUGACCACAUCCUUCCCAUGUGACCGCAGCUUAAAAUACUCUUAGCUGAUUAUCAGUUGCCUGCCUGCAUCUUUACAUAUGAAGUGCUGGUGCAAUGAUCUUACUGUUUCCUAGCCAAGUUCCUAAAUCAAUAUGGAGCUAGUUUCUUGCUGUAUCUGUUAUGUUUCAAGUUUUUGAUUCUGUAAAUUGGAAUUUAAUAAUGCAUUGCCUGUAUUUUUAAUAUUUUGCAUUGUUUAUUGUAAAUAAUUCUAGGCAAACUUUUAUUACAAAGGCGGUUGAUCAUUUUAAAAAUUAUGAACAGACAGAAAACUUCUCUUCCAUAAAAUUGGGCAGGGUUUGGUCUGGUGUCCAUUGUUGCUUUAUGCAAACAGAGAUGCUACUCUGGACCAGUGCUAUGUUGAGCAUUAUGGGAUCCCCUCCUGCUUGUGAGCUUCCCACAGGCACUCAGUUGGUCACACGAUAAACAAUAUGCUAGACUAUAGAUCAGCCUUUGGAUUGAUCCAGCAGAGCUGCUCUCAUGCUAUUUAUGCUUCUUCUCAUGCUAUGAACUUCCAGGAUGUGUCUCGGGCAAAGCUGUCAACCAUAAUUCCAGAUCCUGUUGUGGCUCCUUCAAUAGUGCCUGUGCUAAAAGAUGAAGCGGACAGAAAACCAGAGUAUCCAAAACCAGAUACCCAGCAGAUGAUUCCAUUUCAGCCAAGACAUUUAGCACGUAAGCGAAUAUCGAGUCAUGUAAAUGUGAAAUAGAAGUCUACCUUAUUCUGAUUGGCUGUUUCUUUAAAAAGCUUCAAUUCAUUCAGUUCAUUCUCAUUUGGGCACACAACUAGAAUGUUUUAUACCCUUGUUUUUUACCCUUCCAAUUCUCUGCUAAAUUGGAAUCAAAGUACAAUAAACAAAAGUUUGAGGUUUUUGUUUGUUCUUGCAUAGUGCUUGUAAGGUCAGUUACAUCAACCAAAGGAACUCCCAUCAGCAUGCAGAUGAUGCAGUUAAGCCAUGAAGACUUAAAUGUCUUUUGUUUUAUUAUUUACUAGCUCCAGGUUUGCAUCCAGUCCCUGGUGGUGUCUUUCCAGUCCCGCCUGCUGCUGUAGUUCUAAUGAAGCUUCUCCCACCUCCCGUGUGUUUUCAGGUUGGUCAUGAGAUCCUGAAAUGUUUUAUUGACUUUGCAAUCUGGUUGUGUUUUGCUUCAAUGCAUUAAACAUUUCAUUUUCUUUUGUCUCACUGGUUUUUACCAUAGCAUUUCCUGUUAAAUGGUCCAUCUUUUUUUCUCUUGCAGGGCCCCUUUGUGCAAGUGGAUGAAGUCAUGGAGAUUAUCAGGAGAUGCAAACUCCCAGACAGUAAGUUGCUUUUGUCCUUUUAAAUGCAUGGUUGCAUCACUAGACUGUACCACUUCACUUAAACUCUGAGGUCUUGGGGGUGGCUAUUUGAGGUAUUGACAAUCACACUAUUUAAGGUUAAUGACAUUGCUGUAUGUGUGUACUCAAAUUAGCCAAAAUAGUGUUUUUUCUUAUUUUCAGGACAGUGAGUAAAUAUUUAGCGGCUUCUGUAACUACUGUUAAUAGAGAAGUCUGUCUUGAGGUCCACAGAAUUAAAAGCAAAAGGAAGUGGCUGUAAGACGGAAGUUGAAAUUACAAAGCCAUGCUUUUUUCAAUACAUGUGUGACUUGCUGGCUAUAUGGUACUAACAACCACCCCAUAAAAGAUAAAAGUAGGAUUUUGCACCCAUAAUGACACAGGAAUAUUCUCUUGUUGAAGUCAACAGAAUUAAUUCAACACUCAGUUUUGUUAACUGUGCUGUUUUUUAUUUAUUUUCAAUAAUAACCACUUCGCAUUUUCAGUAGCAAAUGUGUUUCUGCAUGGUUGGCACCUGUUGCAGGGUGAAUACUACAAUUUGAAGUUGAGGCCCACAUUUGUCAACACAAAAUGGACACACAUGCAACGUCUUGAUGCAAGUCAGUUAUCCCUAUAGACAGUGCUUUUUUCUGGGGGGACGCAUACCCCUAAACAUUUUGUGAAUCUAAGUUUGGCCUCACUGAGGGGCAGUAUUUCAAUAUGAGUAGGAAAAUGAGAGUAUCCCAAAGCUUUUUUUUUUUAAGAAAAAAAGCACUGCCUUUAGAUGUGCCUUUUAGCUUUAGUGCGUAAUGUCAAAGAGAUGGGCACACUUUGAAUAAAUCAGCAAGCAAGGGCUAUAGCAGAUAAUUAUAUACUGCAACUAUUAUCAAAGGUAUAUUCAAAUGUGUGUGUUUCAAGUAUAGGUCUUCAUCAACGCAAAAUCUAAUGUAAACCCUCAAUAUUCAAUCCCCCAGUGGAAUAUCAUUUUAUAACCUAAUUGGUUUGCUAGUUCUAAUAUUAAAAGAUUACAUCGGUACUUGGCCUUGUAAAGAGCUGUACUUGAAAAACAUGACACUUGCAUAAUUUGAGUAUACUUUUUGAAAGCACACCAGUGGCUUGUUCUUCUAUGAUCUUAUUUGAAACAAGAAUUUCAAAAUGAAAUAUUUCCCAAAAGCCAUUCUCAUCUGUUUCCUGCUAAACAUUUUUUAAUUGCCCUGUGAGUUAUUAAAUGGAAGGCUAGUAUGGACAAUUUAAUGCACAAACAAAUAAUAAAAUUAAUGAAGCAUAUAAUGGUGGGCACUGUCAUAAUUCUUCAGCCCACAUAAUUCUUUCUAACAACAACUAUUUCUCUUCCCUGUUCCAAAGCUGUGGAUGAAGCUGUGCGAAUCAUUACUGGGGGACUGCCAGACUUAACAAUGGAAGGGAAUGGACCUUUGGAAAAUAAUGCCCUUCUUAAUAAAUCUGUAAAAAGACCAAAUGAAGAUUCAGAUGACGAUGAAGAAAAAGGAUCAGUGGUUCCUCCAAUUCACGACAUUUACAGAGCACGACAGCAAAAGCGAAUCCGAUGAGACAUGUUUGCAGUCGGAAUGAUGAAGACUAAAGGACUUGUAACAAUUGUUUUCCUUCUACAAAAUCAAAUGUUUAAAAGGGAUUGAAGUUUCUAACAAGCAUCUUGCAACUGAGGUUGUUUUAUUACUGUGGUGCCUCUUUUUUACCAGCUGAUUCUUCAUCAGAAAAGAAAAGGGCAGGUGAAUUUUACAACAAGCAAAUUUGAGCUCCAGGUUUUGAACACAAUUUGUGCAGAAUGUCUGAAUUGCAUUUGGUUGCUCUUCACAUGUGUAUCCCCAUCUUACCACUUGAAAUCUUGCAGGGGUCCUGACAGUUUUAUUUUAAAAACUGGAUAGCAUAAAAAUUGUGAAAUAUUUUAAAUUCACACCUCUGGAAAAUGAAGUUGUUCUCAGUUUGCUCAUUUAGUGUCUGUCCUGCCUUAUUCUUUGUUUUUAUUUAUGGCAGAAUGAAUGGAAACUGUUUUUUGUAGUUUAAAAUGGAAGAACAUUCCUUUCCAAUAAAGGAUCUCUCCAUAACGCCAUGCCUCAUACCACUUUAUUUCUAGCACAUGGGGAUAGAGGGGGUGACAGCUCUUUCCUACCUUUUUGUUUGCAGUUUGUCUUUCCUUCCCCUCCCAUUGUGGGCAGUGGUGGUGGGGAGUUAAGUACACCAAGCUCCAGGAUUCCUCCUGUGGAGAAGGCAAAGGAACAAGGGAACCCAAAAUUCCCCACACCACUGACAGAACUUGCCCAAGAUGUACCAGGCAGCCUCUGACAACCUGGGUACAGUUGCUUUGCUGGGGCUCCCUUUUGGAUACUGGCAUACCCCUUUCAGCUGGCCUUCUAACAGCUUUAUUAACUUAUUGCAGUGCAAUUUAUUAUUCAGAAAAUUCGUAUCAACAUACAUGACAAACUAAAAGCAAAUGCCCAGGAUGUCAUUAUUUCAUGUUAUAAAUAUUAGUAGUGGCUGAUCUGCAGCAAGAGCCCUCUUUACAUCUGAUUCAGCUAAGAGCUGAGCCUUCAUGACAGCACUGUAGUCAUGACAAAUUUUAUUAUAUGCUUUCCUAGGGUAGCUUCCAUGAAUUAAAAUGCAGUACCGUAUUUUUCGCUCUGUAAGAGGCACCAGGCCACAAGACGCACCUAGUUUUUGGAGGAGGAAAACAAAAAAAAUAUUCUGAAUCUCAGAAGCCAGAACAGCAAGAGGGAUCGCUGCUCAGUGAAAGCAGCAAUCCCUCUUGCUGUUCUGGCUUCUAGGAUAGCUGCGCAGCCUGCAUUCUCUCUAUAAGAUGCACACACAUUUCCCCUUACUUUUUAGGAGGGAAAAAGUGAGUCUUAUAGAGCAAAAAGUACGGUAUAUGGGUUUGCCUCUUUCUAAAAGGCUAUUUGUUAUACUGGUCUUAAAUAAUUUUUUCAGUGCAGUCUACAAUAAAAUCUUCAGUAAACGAAAAAGAAACAAUUAGGUAAAUCAUUAUUUCGUUUGUUUGUGGACCAAUUUCCUUGUUUUUGAAGCCUUGGCCAUUUUUUAAAACAUGGCAACAGUGACAUUGCUCCUAAGAAGCAAUAUUGUUGAAACAAAGCACUCAUGGUUGUUGAGAUAUACUGCAGUGGACCUCUAAAUGUUCUCUCAAACUGGGAAUAUACUGCCUUUCUAGCAAGGUACCCAAAGCCUAUUGCAGUUUUAAAAACUGCCUUGGGGAGAAUGGUUGUAAUCCAGACAACCAUGUCAGCAAGAACCGGUUUAAUUCUACCGCGUGGCAAUUAACACCCUGAGACAAACCGCUGCAUUCGGAAUGCUGCAAGCAGUUGAUCUUUACAAAUUCCAGCUGGACCUCAACUGAUCUGAAUGAACCAGACUAAGGUACAUUCUGAAGCUUAGUUAUCCA